AUGACCUGGAGGCUCUCGCUUGUGGACCGCAGUAUGCAGGAGACCCGGGGCUUGCGCUGGAGGAGAGCUGUGGGGGUCGUCUUCUGCUGCACCUGCCUGCGGAAGCGUGGCUCCCCAGGCGAGGGGCUUGCCUGCCCCCGUCAGAAGAGAAGUCGCAGCUUUGCUCCCUGCUACAAGGUAAUCCCUGAUCUUUGGGAACUGGCGGCUGGUAUCUUAAAGAGAGUGAAAAACCAGGUUCCCUUUAAUCUGGAAUCCAACCCAGAUGAUCUGAAGGGGCUGCCUGUACUUACUCUGGGGUGAAGCGAAAAGUUUUGUAUCCCUCCUUUCCAGGACGGAACUUGUUCAUUUUCUUAGGCAGUGGGCAUUUCUUAAAUAGAGGGAUGUUGGGACUCAAUAGGGCUCCCUAAGCUGAGCUAUGUGCUGGACUGUGGCUGCUGAGAAGUGAGGGAACGGCACUCUGCACAUGCACAGUGACAGUCUCUUUAUUCCAGGCUUGAACUUCAACACUCAAAAUGCAAAGCUAAGUGAAACUAAGACUCACAAGAGUGUUAAUAAUGAGUGUGCAGAAAAUGACUUGCCUGGAGCACACAGAUGGUUCCCUGUUCUGCUAACAGAUCCUGAGAGCAUGAAGCUGCACUUUUGAGGCGAACGUCAGCCGGGAAUUUGCAUGUUGUCAUGCCUCUGAUAAUGUGAGUGGUUGCACAUACGCAAGUUUGUCUAGAACGGAGGGGGGUCACAAUUCAGCCACAAUUCAGAAUACAGCUUUGUAUGCAGGAGGUCCAAGAUUUAAUCACUGGCGUCUUCCUUGAAAAAUAUGUUGUGUAACCGUGCUGGGAAAGACCUCUCCCUCAAGGCCUUGAGCAAGUGAUGCUAGUUGGUGGUGCUGGGCUGAAUGGACUAGUGGUCUGCUGCCUAUAAGGCAGAUUCAUACUUUUGCAUCUGUGUGGGGAAGUGUGCCAGUGUGGGAGCUGCUGUAUGUCCAUGUGGAAUACAACGGAAUGCUAUGACGAACAUUUUGUCUGUGCAGGCAUUGUAGCUUGCCAGAUGAAACAAUCCCCUCUCCCUUUGCUGUUCUGGGGUGUUCUCCUGACACUCCCAUCCCAAGCCAAUUUUGGGAGGGGGGGAAGCCCCCUUUCACAAGUGGAAAUCCUAGUGCAAUGGAUGCAGACUCAUUAGGUGAAUCCUGCCCCAUGAAUUAUGUCCACCUAUGUAAUAGGUCAUGUUGACUGAUCUUGCAUAUUCACGUAUUUUCAAAUGAAAACAUGCUUUCUGUUUUGAAUAUAGGUACCUCCCCACUUGCACGCGGUCAGCACACGUUCUUCCACUGACACGCGUGCCAAAAAUGGUGCCAAAAGGCGUGCUUGUUUAGUACCAAGAAACCACAGUCAGAAUCUAUGCUUUGUUGCUGGCUUAUGAACUUUGGCUCAUUCUAAGUAUGGUUUAGCAUUGCGUGCAAACCCAGCUGCUUCCUUUAACCAUGGUUUGUUUGGCCACCCCCUGCAAACAAUGGCCAAGGUAAACAGGCAUGAGGCAACAGCUGCUGCAAAACAAACUGAACUUUGAAGAAAAAAACCGAGACAUGGUUUGCUUGAUUGCUGGCACGACAACUUGUGGUUUAUUUAACAAGCUUAGUGUUAAAUAACCUUAGUGUUAUGUGGGAGCCAGUUUGGUGCCUCUUCCUCCAAAUUCUAUGCUCAAGCUGUAUGAGUUGGUGCAUACAUUUCCCUAGUUUUAUUUCUUGAAUAAUUCACUAUUAUUCCAAGAUUCACGUUUAGAGAUGAGACAAGCAGCAUACUUCCCCUGCUGAAUUUCCACUGAUGGUGUACCAGUUAAAAGUCCAAGCGAUCCUGCCAGGAAAAUAAUGGCAACCCUAGGUUAGGGCAGUGAAGCUGGUGUGCUCAAAAAUGCAUGGCUCAUCCCCACUGUUCCAUUUGGCCCGUGACUUCUAGGGCUGGGUCUGAGAAGUUUUCCUUUUGUUCCUCUGCUUUCCCUAGGGAAGCCUCUCUGUUUACUGCUGAAUUGGAGCAAACAUCAGCUGGGUUUUCUGCAUAUUGAUGUUUGAUUCAGCUGUAAGCAGCAGGUUUUCCCAGGGAAAGCGGUAGGACAAAAGCAAAACCUCUGGUGCCAGUGCUGAGAAAUCACAGGCCAAACAGAAGAAAUUGCAGGGCAAAUGGAAGUCAGAAUGAGUCCUUAGUUGAGGGACUUUUGCCUGGGAGGGAUACAGGUGUGUCAGUGCUUGCUGAGCCAAUAUGGUACCUGCACAUGUUUCAAGGGAGCCAGGCUUGUCAUCUUUCCCCCCACUUGUGGCAGGCAACAAAGCAACAGGUAAACUUUCCCUAGCACGUGAGAUGAAAAACCUAAUUUGUUUAAUUUCUGCCUAUAUUGCAGCUUAGAAUAAUAGAAUUGUAGAGUUGGGGGGACUGGACCAUGAGUGUCUUCUAGCCCAAACCCCUGCAAUGCAGGAAUAUUUUUGCCUAACAUGGGGCUCAAACCCACAACCCUGAGAUUAAGAGUCUCAUGCUCUACUGACGGAGCUGUCCCAAGGGAUAACACUGCCUUGGGGGGAAAUGUAUUGACUGUGAGGAAAUGUGGGGUACAGGGGUGGGGGUGGAGAUGCACCACCACAGAACCAUGAGAAACAACCCUCAAGGGGAUGCUGCUAUAAGUAGGAAGGCUUAUUUUUGCAGCAUGAAAACUGGUAGAAGCCCAGGGAAUUUUGGAACCUGAAAUUCUCUUCCUUCAAAGUAAUCAUUGAUCAUAAUGUACUGUUUUUUUAUUGUUUUAUUAUUUUAUUAUUGCCAGCCAUAGGGAAAAGCAGACCUGACCUUAAUUACACACAGAGAGAGAGGUUAUCCCAAAAUGAACUAACAGUCAUACCUUGGAAGUUGAACGGAAUCCGUUCCGGAAGUCAGUUUGACUUCCAAAAUGUUCGGAAACCAAAGUGCAGCUUCCGAUUGGCUGCAGGAAGCUCCUGCAGCCAAUCAGAAGCUGCAGAAGCCCCAUCAGACUUUUGGCUUCCAAAAAUAGUUCGCAAACCGGAAUAGACACUUCCUGGUUUGCGGCAUUCGAGAGCCAAAACAUCCAAGUACCAAGGAGUUUGGGAUCUAAGGUACGACUGUACUGUAAUGCUCUCUACAUAGGAUUGCCUUUGAAGGCACUGCAGACACUUCCACUUAUGGCAACUCCACCACCACACUGGGGACUAGGCAGUUGGCCACAUCACAACAGUUUUGCACCAGUUACAUUGGUUACUUAUUCAUUUUCAGUUUAACAGCUAGUACUAACCUUUGAAGGGAAUUUUGGAGGACUGCCUGAACCUAUAUGAACCUGCCUGUGCCCUAAGAGGCUGUGCUCAGAGAGGCCCUACUGUCUAGCCCACCAUGACCCCUUUUUAGUGGUGACCCACACGUGAGAAUUCCCCACCACAGGAGGUGCGUCUGGCCUCUUCUCUUGUGAUCUUAAAGAACCCCUAAUUUAGUGUUAUUACUCAGCCCAGCUUCAUCUUCUUGGUGCCCCCAUAUAUGAUGUUUUUGUUGUGUUUAUUCAAUUGUGUGCGUGUGUGUGUGUGUGUUUUAAAAAACAUUUUAACUGUAAGCCCUCCCGGUGAUGACUUUGCCUUAAAGGGCAGGGUAGGAGUAUCCUAAAUAAAGACAUAACAAAAACCUCAUAUCAUUUGGCAUAGCGCAGAGAAUGUUUCCUUGGGCUCUGGGGUGGCAGGCUUCAGGGAAGAAAGUGAGGCUGUUUCUUGGUGGUUUGGCCAAGGCUUUGGGUUACUGCUGACUUCAAAUCCCAGCAGUGAGCGCAGCCCAUCACUUCAGCUCCAGGAUGACACAGCAUUUCAACACUCUAGCGAGGCCUUUGCAGCUGUCUUGGCCUCGGAACCAUCCUCAGAUUUAUGUGUCAGCUGCAUUGCUAGCAGACGCUGCCCCUCUACUCCCUUCCGAUCUCCAAAUACGUAAGAUCUCAUUCUUGGGCAGCCCAUUUUUUUGCACCCAGUGCCACACUAGGUGCCAGAUCACUUUUCCAGGCAGCCACGGAUCCCAGCUGUCAAUUUCUCCCCCAGCCAAGCAGCCCCCUUCCCGCUUUUAGCAUUUUGGGUGUACAGCAUGUUCCUGCGGCUUUUGCUUCUGCUGCUGGGAAAGAAUUCCGGGAAGAGGCUCCUUGUUCCUGGAAAUCUCAUGUAAGCUCAGCACUUUCGGCAACCAAACAGCCAAGGGGUGCUGUAAAUCAACAGCCAUAAAAGGGUUUCGGAGAGGGAGAGGGAGUUGUUGAAUGUGGGGCAAAGAUAUACUGGUGUCUUUUCCCUUCACUUGGUGCCCCUCUCAUUUGGUCCUGCCUUCUCAGAGACGCAAGAAACGGGCUUUAUGGAAUCACUGAGCUGAGCAGAACGAGAAGGCUGCAACAGAGAGCCUGGGCAGUCGGUUUGACUCCAGAAGUCCUGAACGCCUAUCUCUGAACGACACCAGUGCCGACUGCAGAUGUUUCAGUGCCUGAACUGAAACUUUUGACCCCUCUCCUGAAAUUGGCUUCUAGGAACUGGUGGCAGAGGGCAGCAAUAGUGUAUUAAAGCGCAGGUUUGAGGCAUGAACUGAGACGCUGUUGGUUCAGUGGUUGAGUACAUAGUUUGCAUGCAGAACAUCUCUUAUUCAGUCUCCAGCAUUCUCCAGUUACAAGGAGAUUAGGGAUGAUCGCUGGGGAAGUCUUCUGCCAGAGAUCUUGGAGAGUCACUGCCCUGCGGCGUCUGUAAGUGCUAAGCUAAAUGCACCGAUGAUCUGACUCGUUUUAAGGCCAGACGGUCUGCAUGCCAAACGUCCUCUGUGUACACAUCGCAAGUUCAGCAUGACCCGAGGCACAGAAGUGCCACACUGCCUUUUAUCCACAGCUCUGUGAAAUGUCUCUGGUGGGAUGUUGGCCUGUUGUAGGGAGGGCUCCGUCCCUUUCCCUACCCGUCACCCAUGUGGUAGGGAGCCAUGCAUGGCCCAGGGUGAAUUUUUACAGCCGCCUCUGUGCAAGGUGGCUGGAGAAGAGAGCUUCCUGUGAAGAGCUCAGUGUGGGAACUUGCCACUGCCUCAGCUUUUCAACACCUUCAAGUGUGUCUUAAGAGUCUUGUGCCGAAACCUGAAUCUUGCACCAGGUACCUGGGGUUCACAACUGGAUUGCCACAGGCUAGGAGUAAGGAUGUUGGAGAAUUGCAAUGCAAAAGGAAGCAGAAACCGCUGCAGUUUGUAUGUUCAUCCGUGGUCAGGAAUGGAAAUAUCCCAGCGAAUAUUCGUUCAUCAGGAAUGGAAAUAAGUCCAGUGAAUAUUCGUUCACCUCACUGUUGUUUAUUAAGUCUGCAUACAGUAUCUUAUUCACGACAGCGGGUUUUUAAAUACUGAUGAUAUUAUAAAACAGAAAAGCAAAGAAAACAUUAAAACAAUAAAAUAAUACUGUUUUGAUUUUUACACUGAAAUGAACGUAAGCUUACACGAGUUAUGUAAAUAGUUACAUCACCUACAUCUUCUUCUUCGGCGAUCACUUGUAGCCAAGUAAGAUUGUCUUCCAUAAACACGGUUUUAACAAUGAGACCGAAAGUGACUGUGGAGGCCGAUUCUGGAUCCACACGUCCUUCCACAGUGGGGACAUUGGUUUCCGGGAGAUAGUUGAUCACGGUGUGGAUUUGCUAAGCGUGCCUUCCUCUUAGCACAUUUCUCCCUUGCGUCCUGAGUUCGAGUUCGGAGUACCUUGCGUCUAAUAGCAGACAGCAAGGCAAAUAACAUCGUAUUUGGAGAAAGCCAAACAGUUGUGAUGAAGAUGGACCAGAAUGGGAACUGCUGCCUUCUUGCACCCCUAGCUGUGAGCCUCCGUGGGCAGGCUUCCCCCCACAGCCGCUUCAAAAUGAAGUAGUUUUAGAUAUUCUUUCUCAGGUCUCACCCAGUGGUUUGGUAAGUAAGCAACAAAGCUUGGGGUUUAAACCAGGUUCUGGAGCAUUGCACCAGCGAACUUCCAUUUUAGUUAUGUCAUGAAAACAUACCUAAGCAGACCUUACUAUAAGACAGCGUGACUGGUUUUCUGCUUUCAAAGAAAACAUGACCCUGUGAAUGGCUGCUUCUAGAUUUUCUAUUUCCUGGGGAAAGUGUUAAAAAACAACAACACACAAGUGUUUGGUUUUUUUAAAAAAAGAAUCUGAAUUUCUAUUGAAAGUUUUCAACACAUAAUACAAUAAAAACCAAACUAAUCUAAAUAAAAAUAGAGAAGAAAACAGGAAAAGAAAACAGUAAGAAAUAAAAGAAAAAUAGGAAAUUAAAAUACAGAGUCCUUUAUCAGGGACAGAUCUUAACCCUUAUCUCACAUAAUAUGGGAUGGGCCCCUCCCAACUCUCACCUGGGAGCUUCCAUUUCUUUUCACAGCCUGGGAGUUCUUCCCUUCCCUGCCUCUCACGCAGGAUCCUUCAUCAGUCAUCUUCCUGUAUUAGUUAAAAGUUUUGUUGCUCUGGCAGCCUGUUCCGAUAAGGUAGUUCUUCAAGAGAUUACUGCUUACUCCAAAAUCAGGGUGCUCUCGCUGAACCUUCUGUUUCCUUCAUCAGGAGAACGUGGAAUCGAUUUCAUCGGGACUCCCACUUCUGGAAUGGAUCCACAAGGGAUCGCGCUUUGAUAUCCAGAGGCCAGGGAAAGGUAGGAGAUCCCUUGCGAUUAUUCCUCCCAGGCCCCACGGCUCACAGAUCGGCUCCCUUUCAACUGAAAUGUGCUUAGGCAAUACCUUUCAAACUCUGCCUGAAGCUAACAACAUAUACAAUAAGGUUUUUACAGUCUGAAAGGGAGAAUAUUCAUGAAGUAGUGCUUAAAUGAACAGUGUUUUCAUGCAGCUUUAAAAAUAUAUAUAUUGAUCAAAAAUAUAUAUUUUGAGAGUCGUGAGCAUCCCCAGGGCACGAAGCAAAGUCAGUCCUCACUUGGCUGUUUUCCCCCUUAGGGUCCCUACACACACACACACACACACACUGAUGUGCAGUGAGAAUAUUCUCCUGAUAAAUUCUCCACAAACUGUCAAUUCCAAUGUAAGAACCAGUUUUACAAUCCACAUUUAAAAAAUCUAGUAAAUAAUAAGUCAAGGUGUGAUAUUGCUAAUGUAAGUAAUGAAUAAUGAUUUUUUUUUUAAUCCAUUUACAUUACUGGGUCAUUCACCAUUGGCAGUUCUGAAAUGUGAGCUACAGAAAAUUUUUUUAAAAAAUAGUUUAAAAAUGCUAUUCAUUUAAUUUGAUGAACAUUUGAAUUCGUAUGUAUUUCAACUAUAUGUAAUAGUCUUUUUUCUAUUUUGGUGUGACCUUAUUCUUAGCAAUUCUAUACCCUUGGCCAUACAGUGUGAUUUCUUUUACAGAAAGUAGUUUUAAUGCUUUGUAUACUUAAAGUACCUAGGCCUAUACAAUUAUGUGUAACUGCAUGUAAGGUGGUCUUGAUUUAAACAGUUGACGUUUCUAUAUUUUUACUUAUUUCUUGUGACAAUUUAUCAGUUAUAAUUUAAAUAUGUUGUCUGUUGCCUUGCUUGUCUAAGCAGAUCAUAAUUUGCAUUUCUGAUGUUAUGUAACUUGUCAUUACUGAUUAUUUGUGUUAUAUUUUCUGGAAAUAAUAGCAUUUAUUUUAAACUUUAUAUAGAUUUUAUUAGUGUAGCACUGAAAAUAUUCUACCAUGUAGAUAUGCUUAUUGACAAAAAGUACUCAUGUAGUGGACCUGAGUUUUUUUAUAUUCCUUUUACUUUAAAAGCUACAUUUCAUACAUACACAACAUAAUUAGAAUUCAAAAUUGGUGGUAAAUUGGUUAGUGGCAAGCUUAGUGAUUAACGUGAGUCAUUCGCAUUGAAUUUUCAAUUUCAACUUUGGGCAGAAAAUAAAAGAAUGCGAAUUCACUGCAUUGCCCCAUUGAAUAAAAGUACCUGUACAGUUUUUGGUUGCCAUCUGAACAAGUUUAUCCACGAAUAAACAUGUAUGUUGACUAAUGAUAUUAUUUUCAAUGCAGUAAAUCAUUUUCAAUGCAUAAAAAUGAAUAUUCCUCUAUUUUAAAUGAAAAUUCUCUAAUAUUCUCAUUAAUCGAGAAUAUUCUCGAGAAUAUUCUCCAAAAGAUUAUUCUGGAGAAUUUAACAUCACUACACCCACCCACACUUUUGAUAAUACAGUGGUACCCCGCAAGACGAACGCCUCGCAAGACGGAAAACCCGCUAGACGAAAGGGUUUUCCGUUUUGGAGGCGCUUCGCAAAACGAAUUUCCCUAUGGGCUUGCUUCGCAAGACGACAGCCCAUAGGGAAAUCUCAGGGACAGCGGGAAGCGCAGCGCGUCUUCCCACUGUCCUCGGACCUCCUCCGAAGCCUGGCGGCGGGGCGGGGACACCUCCUCCCGCCGCCGCCGGGCUCGGAAGGCUCCUCCGAGCCGGGCGGGGGGAGGGAACACCUGCUGCCGCCGCCCGGCUCGGAACGGUGCUCCGAGCCGGGCGGGGGGAGGGAACACUCUGCCGCCGCCGCCCGGCUUCGGAACGGUGCUCCGGGCCGGGCGGGGAGGGAAGACCUCCGCUCUGCCCGGCUUCGGAACGGUGCUCCGGCCGGGCGGUGGGGAGGAAGACCUCCCGCUCUGCCCGGCUUCGGAACGGUGCUCCGGGCCGGGCGGGGGGCGGGAACACCUGCCGCCGCCGCCCGGCUUCGGAACGGUGCCCGGCCGGGCGGGGGGAGGGAAGACCUGCCGCCGCCGCCCGGCUCGGAACGGUGCCCGGCCGGGCGGGGAGGAAGACCUCCCCGCCGCCCGGCCGGAACGGUGCUCCGAGCCGGGCGGGGGAGGGAAGACCUCCGCCGCCGCCCGGCUCGGAACGGUGCCCGGCCGGGCGGGGGGAGGGAAGACCUCCGCCGCCGCCCGGCUUCGGAACGGUGCUCCGAGCCGGGCGGGGGAGGGAAGACCUUCUGAAGGCGGGCGGGGGCGAAAGUCUUUGCUCCCCUGCCUGCCUGUCCCGGAGGGCUUUUGAAGGCGGGGAGCAAGACUCGCCCCGCCCGCCUUCAGAAGAGGUCCAGGACCUCUUCUGAAGGCUGGCGGGGGCAAAAGUCUUGUCCCCCUGCCUGCCUUCCCAGGGGCUUUAAUUGCCCCGGACAGCGGAGAAGUCCUCCGCUGUCCCGGGUGAUUUUAAAUGCCGCCCGCCAGCAUUUUAAGAUCGCCCGGACAGCGGAGAAGUCCUCCGCUGUCCCGGGUUUUUAAAAUGCUGGGGGUGGGAAGAAAGCCCUUGCCUUCCCCAGCCUUCAGAAGAGGUCCGGGGACAGACUGUCCCCGGACCUGGUCUGAAGGCGGUUUCCCUAGGAACGCAUUAAUUGAUUUUCAAUGCAUUCCUAUGGGAAACCGUGCAUCGCAAGACGAAAAACUCGCAAGACGAAGAGACUUGCGGAACGAAUUAAUUUCGUCUUGCGAGGCACCACUGUACUGCAAGCCUCAAGGUUCCUCCCAAGUCUGCUGAUAGCCUCUCUUUUGUGCAUGGCUGCUUCUGUUUUGGCUCCAUAAGCAGCAGUACUAAUUAAACCGGAAUGAGAAUACAGUGGUACCUUGGUUCUCAAACUUAAUCCGUUCUGGAAAUCCAUUCCAAAACCAAAGUGUUCUAAAACCAAGGCAAACUUUCCCAUAGAAAAUAAUGCAAAAUGGAUUAAUCCGUUCCAGACUUUUGAAAACAACCCUUAAAACAGCGAUUUAACAUGAAUUUUACUAUCUAACGAGACCAUUGACCCAUAAAAUGAAAGCAAUAAUCAAUGUACCACAGUCACGCAAUCAAUCAGUCAAUCAGUAGCUGAACUGGGUUCCACACAGUCACAAAAACAAAACAAAAAGCUGCAAAAACACAAAAUAAAUAGCAAAACCAGACAAACCUCAGCGUAACACUCAAAAUGGAAGUAUGGCACUCAAAUGAGAAGUGUAACACUCAAAACAGAGCAUGUUUGACUUCCGAAAAAGUUUGCAAACCAGAACACUUACUUCCGGGCUUUGCAGUGUUUGGGUUCCAAGUUGUUUGAGUACCAAGGCAUUUGAGAACUCUAUAGAAUGGGUCUGCUAGUGGAGAAGAAGCAGUGCCAGCAAGUUUCGCUAGAGGAUGCUGGUGGACACAGUGAGGAUAUUUGCUUAAGAAUGGCUGUAUUCUGGUCCGAGGUUAUAAGGUGCUGGGUAAAUCCUGAUGGAUGUGAAUUGCAUUCCGGUGUUCUUCAGCACAGCUGGUUAAUGAGGGCACUUAACGGUGGCGAAGCAAUUGCUGCUCCAGUACUGGCAAGAAAUAACAUUCAAGUUGUGCAAUGAACUUAGAACCUUACCAAGUUGGGACAUGCGAAAAAGUGGCUUUUUGCAAACAGCAAUCAGAAGGGAAAUAUUUAGACAUCUCAGUUCCAUAUAUGGACUUGUUUGUGUCUUUCUGUAUCCCUAUUCCCUCCCCUCUUUCCUCUGUCAAAAUUUUUAAAAAGUGUUGUUUGUAUUGUUUUUACAAUUACAGUAUUAUUAUUUUUAUAUAAAAAAAGAAUGGGACAAUUUUAUGGUAUAGAGUUAAGUAACAAAUAACUACUGUAAUGGUUCUAGGGGUUGCUCGUGCGUAAGCUGGUGCUUAUCUCCCCGGCUGGGUGCAAACACCUGGCUGGGUUGCCUAAGUGAACCUUUUCUGUCCGGACAGCCACUCACCCGUGGCUGACUCAAUCGCUGGCAGAAUCUGUCAGUGGGCGUUUCUUAAACUUCUUCCAGCAAAGAAGCUCUUUGACGCCUAGUCUCCUCCUACUCUUCUCUGCGCGAAAGCCUUCUGCGCAAGGAGGGUGUGGGCAACGGAGGACCCCUACUCUCCCCGCUGGUCCCAGGCAAGGAGUCAUGGGACCGCCUCGCCGCUUCCCCCAUCUGCCCCCCUUCUCCACUGGUGCUACGCUGAUUCUCUUCCCCAGAAGAUGGGCUGCUUCUCCCAAUCCCUGGACGUUCUCUGGAAUCCCUCUGGCUUUUGCUCUCUCCCUCUGGCACUGAUGGCAGUUCCCUGACAUCCGCCUCCUCCUCAGGACCCCCACCCCACCCCUGGCGCGAUCUUCCGAUACAACAUCCUCUCUCUCCUCGACUGACGAUGCGGGGAAUCCCCUGAAAGAACUGUCAUCAUCUUCUGAGGAUUAAAAACCAGCCUCCCAUCCGCUCGGAUCUCUUCCCGCUGGUUGAACCUCCCAGUCUGAUUCUUCUCCCUGGGACACCUCCCCUCCCUCCUCUUCGGAGGCAGGAAAACCCACAAAGUCCCCUUCGUCGUCUGUGGGUCCAAAUUCUUCCUCCCAGAAUCUAGCUAAUAGUUUGGGCUUACCCGGGAACAAACCAUGAAAUUCUUCCACCAGAUACCCGUCAGUGAUUGAUUCUGCAGGGACCCAAGUGUGCCUGGAAACACUCAUUCGCAUUGGCGGUGUCUGGUGUGUCACUUCCCCUCCCAGUAGUUCCAUGCCAUCGAUGGUGGUCACCUGCAAGGGAAAAUCUAGUGGCAACAGGUGGAGCUGGUGCUCCAGAGCGAAGUCUCUGCUGAAGAAAUUACACGAGCUGCCAGAAUCCAGCAGCCCCUCCACUUUGACUGGGUGCCCAUUUGGGAGUUCUAGCACCACUUCUAUGGCUAUAGCUGCCUUGGGAGGGUCAGGCUGGGGCACUUCUAUUGGUUGCUGGCCUGGCUGCUGCCCCUGCUGGUUGGCAGCCAGGCUUUGUCGUUUCCCUGCACCGGCCCUUCCUCUCCCUUCUCGUCGUGGCCUGCAGCCCCCAUCAUGCCUUGCCAGGCUUUUCGUUGAGGACAGACCUUUGCAAAAUGUCCUGGCCACUGACAGAGGAAACACUUCUUGGUAGUUUUCCACUCCUUCUUUUUCCGGCCUUCACCAGCGUUUGAAACUUCGCGCGCGCGCACUCCAUCAAUUUCCAUCGGCUCCACCGCCUGGGAAGGCUCCCUCGGCAUCUCAGGAAUGCGGUUGCCAUGGAAACGUUCCGCCCUUAUCUCCCGCUUCUCCUGAGCCCGCGCUUCCUGGCGUACACCGAUCGCGAGCACAGUCUUUGUGAGUUCAUCCAUCGACCGUGGGCAGGGCGCUCUGGACAACUCAUCUUUCACUUCGGGGUCCAAACCCGCUUCAAACAACAUUUGUACUGGUUCAGAGUCCAGAUCCCACCCGAGCUUGUGGACUAACAUCACAAAACGCGACCAGUAGUUUCUGACGGACAGGCUCCCCUGCUUGCACCCCAUCAGCUCCCUCUGUGUCACGCUUUGCUCAACCUCGCUGGAGAACAUCACGUCCAUUGCCUGGUAGAAUUUCUUAAGAUCUUUCAAUGCAUCAUUCCCCGUUGCCAUUAAGGGCCUGAUCCAUUCGCGCGCCCCAUCCUGCAGAUGUCCAACAAUAUAAGCCACCCUCUCCCCGUCAUCAGCAAAGUCAUUUUUCUGCAAUUCCAAAGCGUAUUGAAUUUCCAUUCGGAAAGCAUUGUAGUCUUGGGGCUUUCCACCAAACUUGUUUACCAGCCCCGGGACCUUCCUCCCUAUCGGGGUGGCUCUGACCUGUGCAUCCUGAGCCCGCCUCUCCUCCAGCCGUGCAGACAGGGUAGCGACAUGUGCCUCCAGGUCUCGGUUCCUCUCGACCAGACCUCGCACCAUGGCUUCUUGCUCUGUCUCUCCAGCCGGCCCUGUUUGGCUCAUCGAGCUGCCUCUCCGGGGCUGCAGACAAGCAACGUCAGGGACUGACGGAUUGCUGUAAUGGUUCUAGGGGUUGCUCGUGCGUAAGCCGGUGCUUAUCUCCCCGGCUGGGUGCAAACACCUGGCUGGGUUGCCUAAGUGAACCUUUUCUGUCCGGACAGCCACUCACCCGUGGCUGACUCAAUCGCUGGCAGAAUCCGUCAGUGGGCGUUUCUUAAACUUCUUCCAGCAAAGAAGCUCUUUGACGCCUAGUCUCCUCCUACUCUCUCUGCGCGAAAGCCUUCUGCGCAAGGAGGGCGUGGGCAACGGAGGACCCCUACUCUCCCCGCUGAUCCCAGGCAAGGAGUCAUGGGACUGCCUCGCUGCUUCCCCCAUCUGCCCCCCUUCUCCACUGGUGCUACGCUGAUUCUCUUCCCCAGAAGAUGGGCUGCUUCUCCCAAUCCCUGGACGUUCUCUGGAAUCCCUCUGGCUUUUGCUCUCUCCCUCCGGCACUGAUGGCAGUUCCCUGACAACUACUAUCACAGCUUUUAUUGAAUUGUGAAAGCUAUAGAAUGUUGGAUUCCGACUAAAUCGGACACAGUAUGAGAAAACGAUGUUUGAAACCGAUCGGAUUAGUAUGCUUAAAGCAGCAAUCCACUGCAGUAAACUUUCACAGAUUCCCCGGGGUCCUGUUUUUGCACAGCAUUUAGGCAGGAGGAGAGAUUGCAGCAGGCAGGCGUUUUGGAAGACUUCGAUUGACGUGUUAAAUAUGAUGGCUAAGGUCAAUAAGUCUGAACUGUGAGUUCAGUGUGCUCCAGGGGAGACAUUGGAGUUGUAUUUGUCAGAUUCACAAACUCUAUGGCAAACUUCUGUUGGGUUUGUUAUAUUCUGCUAUUCAAAGAAUAAAACAGGGGUGAGGGAAAUCCUUUGUACACACAAACAGGGCUCCCAUACACCCGGAAUUUCCCAGCUGGACACAGCCGGAACACAGCAGUCGGAAACAGUGUCUAGGAAAAUCCGGACGGAUGGAUGGCAACCCAUGCCAGAAGUCUAGAUUUUGCUUAAUUUCCUAAAGAAUAGUUCAGAAACUGCAAAAGAAAAUGGCAACCCUAACACAAAGCUACAUUUUGUUUCUAUUGGCUGUAACCGAUCAAUCUGAAAUGAAGUGUGUGUGCUGGCCUAUCUUGAAAACUGCCUCUCCCCCCACCUUUUCUUUUUUGCACAGAUUUCCACGUCAGCACUGGAGCUGGAAAUUCUGCCUUUUACUUGGCACAGAAUAUUUCUGCAAAGUAAAAGGCAUUGUUUCCAGCCAGCCCCACUCCUGUGCUGGAGUGCAGGGGGCUGGCAUUGCUGAUUGUGUACGUGUUUGGGUGUGGGAAUGUACAUAGGAGCGUGUGCAAGAGCGGGAGGUAGUGAUGUCUUUCUGUAAGAAUGUGUGUGGUCCGUAAGUCUAGGGUGUGGGUGCAUGCGAGCAUCAAACAUCCCAGGACCCAGUGCAUGGGUAAAUGGCUGGAAAAGGGGAGGCUCAUAGAUGUCUUACUGUCCUUCAGCAUACCUGACCCAUCCAAUCACCUCACCUCUGUGCUGCUGCUACUUUCUGUCUCUCUCUCUCCCCCCCCCCCUUCCUGACCACUAAUGACAUCAUCCAGGCGUAUAAUGAUUUACAAACAAAGCAGAACCCUUGUUCCGGUGACUAAUGACUUAAGAAACAGAGAGGAAUUAAAAAUUCAGUUAUGCAAAGUAAUAUAAAACAAAUAGAUAUUAAAUAACGUUAAAAGCAAAACAGAAUAUACUCUCAUAAAACAGUCUCAUAAAUCUCGACAUUAAAGUGCAAAGUUCCAGCUGAUUCUAAUAAAAUACAGAUUAUUCAAUCAUCAGCUGUUUUAAAAAAAUGUUACUGAGUAGAUUAAAGGAAUAAUAGAUUAAUAAAUGCUAAGACCAGAGGACAAUUUCAUAAGGGUAACUGGGAAAUUUCCAUCCAUAAUAAAGUGUGGAAUACUCAGAAUCAAUCAGGCAGCUUUGGGAAUUACCAGUUACAACUUGAUCCAUGGUUUUAGAGAUUCUAACACCCUCCGGUCUAGCACCUGGAAGACUGCUAUAUCCUGAAACCAAUCAAUGAAGUUCAGGUAGGGUGGUGCCUUUGUGUAAAAACCCAAAGUGGUUCUGGAGUUUUGCUCACGUGGGGGAUGGGGGCCCACCACUUGCAAACAGACUCCAGGGUUUUCCUUCCAGCCUAUGAAACUGAUGCAGAUGUCAUUACCCUUGUACUAAGUGUUUUGUGUGGUCUUUUUCAGCAAAUAUUAAAUGGUCACAUAAUUGUCCAACUAUCUAGGAUCUGAAUGCACACAUGAAGGGAGAAUGCAUGGUUGUCCUGCUUCUAACCUCCGUGUAGAUUGUUGUGUGAAAUUUGAUGAUGUGUCAUACGGGUCGAGGGAUCCAGCUGUUUUCGUCAUGUCCAACUACAUUGGAAUGGAGGGUAACUAGGAGGAGGAAUUGAGGUGCAGUCACCCUCCCCCUCCACAUUUGCAGUCUGCAGCAGGGCUAGGGAACCUUUGCCUGCUGGCCUCAUUCAGCCUGCCAGUCCUCUCAGUUCAGUCCACCAGACUGUCUCCAAGACAUAGCCAACAUUGUCUCUGCUCCGGCUAUUAGGUUGGUGUAGCAAAGCUCACUAGUGCUGCUUUGCCGGACGGUUUAGCUUCUGUACUGGUCACUGAGGAAGUUAGGCCCCUUCUUCCACAGCCAAUAUGGAAACCGACUGGGCUGGUGAAACAGAGCCAGCGCGCACUGCUUUGUCAGCCCUAUCAGGUAUUAUUUUCAGCUUCCCAGUGAAAAAGGGAUCCUUGCCAUAUAGCAAAGCAUGGAAGUAAAUUGAUCUGUGUGAGUAUAAGAGAAGUGUGUGUGUGUGUGUGUGUGUGAAUAGGGUGUGCAUCUGUGUUUCUGUUAUGUGUGCUUGGGAGAGAAUGGUAUGUGCAUGCAUUUUCCAUGCACACUACUGGUAGGUGGCCCCUGAACAUAGGAAUUGUAGAGUUGGAAGGGAUCCCAAGGAUCAUCUAGUCCAACCCCCUGCAAUGGAGGAAUCUCAGCUAAAGCAUCCAUGACAGAGGGCCAUCCAACCUCUGCUUAAAUACCUCCAACAAAGGAGAGUUCACCACCUCCCAAAGGAGACUCUCGAAAAGCUCUUAUUGUCAGAAUUGCACCCCCCCAAAUUUAGUCGGAAUCUCCUUUCUUAUAACUUGAAGCCAUUGCUUUGAGUCCUGCCCUCCAGAGCAGGAGAAAAUAAGCUUGUUCCCUCUUCCAUGUGACAGCUCUUGAGAUAUUUGAAGAUGGCUCUCAUAGCUCCUCUCAGUCUCCUCUUUUCUGGGCUAAGCAUACCCAGCUCUUUCUACCAUUCCUCAUAAGGCUUGUUCUCCAGAUCACAUUUACAGUAUGUGUUAGGAAAUAACAUAUGAAAAGGGCAGCAGACAGUGCUGGAGGUUUUUGCUUCUAUCUAGGUACAUCCAGGCAACCUCCCACCUGUAGGAAGAGCUCUGCCACUUGUUAUUUCUGCAUAUUUAGAUUUGGACACCACUCGAUGGAGUCGAUGGCAUCAACGGAUUGCCAAAGUUCUUACGAGGUUCAGCCUUUCCUGUUCUCCCAUACCAGUGAUAAACCUUUUCUCACUGUAUCUGGUACACCCUGCCACUGAAAUCUGCCACAUGACUGUGCUUCUGUUUUCAUGGAACAUUCAUUUCUCAUCUACUGCAAUCUGAGCUAGAAGAAAUUGUAAAACGAGGCCAAUCAUUUUUCACUUCAUAGAUUUCCAGAUAAUCGUCACGCGGCUCAUUUAGUCACUUUCCAUUCUCACUCCCAAUUUUCUCACCAGAGCAAAGUUCCUUCUGAUAUAAUUUCCUGAACUAACCUUAGGAUUAUUUCCUGUGCAGCUGUAUUCUUCUCCCCUGCCUGCUUCCUAACAUUUUCUCUUUUGGCAAGGCAUCCUUAGAUGCGUUCUCCUCUUCUCCAGGUGCUUUCCAGAUUGUUUGUUCCCCUGGGCCCUGACUCUUUCCAGAAAGACCUUAGGGCUGUGUUGUGCUAUCCACAUUCUGGCACGAAUGUUCCCAUCUCACUUCUGGACCAGCUCUGUUUACAUGCAGCCGUGCUAGUUUCUCCACAGAGUUGCCAGAGGCCUUGGCUGGAUGGUCCCUGGCAGAUACAUUUAAAGAUCUUUAAAAACUGGCUUUUGAUGGCAUCCCCUAAUAAAUGUAUUCAAUUGUUGCUGUUCAUUUGUUAAUUGUACAGUCAUAUCUCUUGUUACGUUCAGUUCAGGGUACAUUCUUUCAGGAUACAUCCCGCGGCGACCCGGAAGUAAUGAAACGGGUUACUUCCGGGUUUCGCCACUUGUGCAUGUGCGCAGACGCUCAAAACGACAUCACACGCAUGCGCAGAAGCGGUGAAUCGCGACCUGCAGACGUGGGUUGCGUUCUGCUUAUGUUGCGAACGGGGCUUCGGAACGGAUCCCGUUCGCAACCAGAGGUACCACUGUAGUUCCGUAACUGUUUUCAUGUAACAAUAAAGGUUUGAUAAUAAUUAUUAAUAAGUUAAACAAUGUAUUGCUGGGAGCACAAUCCAGCAGUUUUAUAUUCCAGGGAGGUUCAGCAGACACCUUUCAUUAUACACUUUUAGCCACGAGAUAAAAACUUUCCUCUUCAACCCGGCCUUUGGCUGAUUGACAUCUGAUGUCCUUUCAAAUACAUUGAGGGAGAGGGGUUUAUUGGUUUGUUUUUGUUCUCGUUAUUAUGCAUUUUGCAGUUUUCAUAUUGUAAUUUUAUGUCGUGAACCGCCCUGAGAUCUAUGGAUGAAGAGCAGUAUUCAAACUUAAUAAAUAAAAUAAUAAUAAUAAUAAUUUCCCCAUGUCAUUGGUGCCAGCAUGCACUAUGACCACUGACGACUCCUUAGCACUAUCUACCAGGCUAUGUAGGUGAUGUGCAUCAACCGCAAUCUUCACGCCAGGCAGGCAGUGUACCCUGCUGUCUGUAUGCCCAUCAAAAACCCUACGAUCUACCAAAGGUAAAGGUAAAGGUAAAGGGACCCCUGACCAUUAGGUCCAGUCGUGGCCGACUCUGGGGUUGCGGCGCUCAUCUCGCUUUAUUGGCCGAGGGAGCCGGCGUACAGCUUCCGGGUCAUGUGGCCAGCAUGACUAAGCCGCUUCUGGCGAACCAGAGCAGCACACGGAAACGCUGUUUACCUUCCCGCCAGAGCAGUACCUAUUUAUCUACUUGCACUUUGACAUGCUUUCGAACUGCUAGGUUGGCAGGAGCUCACCCCGUUGCAGGGAUUCGAACCGCCGACCUGCUGAUUGGCAAGUCCUAGGCUCUGUGGUUUAACCCACAGCACCACCCGCGUCCCAUACGAUCUACCUUAUUACUGUUCAUAUCAGCCACAGCCAGAAUCCUUCCAUCCUACCCCACCCCACAGAAGUAUCCUCCUCAUGAGACCAUAGCUUUUCAGCUCCCAAGGAAUGUUUCCCUCAGGAGGGAAUGUUUCCCUCUUCCUCAGACCAAUGUUCUCUUUCCGCGAGACCCUCCUUGACAGCAGGGGAGCUGUCAUCGUGGAAGUGUGACACAGCUGCAACAUCCCUGAGGCUCAUUGGACCUCAGUCCACAACGUCCGUUGAACAAGGGAAUAAUCAUACGUGGAAAGACACUGUAAGGAGCCGGAGUCAAGCAUAGAUCAGCAUUUUAAAAAACAACCCCAAAAAAGGUGUCAGUGAAGUUAACUCUUUAUUCAAAGAAACCAAAAUAGCACAGGCCUAGUGAUCCCAGCAGCUCUUCCCAAUAGGUCUUGCUCCAAUGAAGCAUUUGCGAGGACUGACGGUUCCUACCACACUCUAAGGCUCCUCCUCCCCAGGGUCUUUCUCAAGCAAGUCGCAAACGGCAUCUGUACACAACCAAUCUCUGCUCUUUUUGUUUCUUUGCAUGUUCUAGGAGACCAGAGGGGAGGGGAGCUGGUUGCAGCAAGAGGGGGAGACUCCCUGGAUUCCUCAGCAGCCUGUGUCAGCUCUGCCUCUUGCCCAGCUUCCAUUCCAGCCUCCGCUUCAGCUUCGGAGCCUGAACUGCUCUCUGCCACAGCCUCUUCCUGCUCACUAUACCCUGUUGCCCUUCUAGCUUUUGACACCUCCCCCCAAGUCUUCUCCUUCUGACCACUCGUUGUCAUCCCACCGCCAAUCCCCUGGCUCUGAGCCUUCUUCCCCUGGGGGUUUCAUUGGGGGUUCCCCAACUGGUGCCUCCCACCACUCCUCUGCAUCCGGCCAGCCCACGACAACACCUACUCGCAUUCUACUUGCAUAAUUGUUUUUGUAGUCCAAGUUGUUUGAGAGCUUAGGGUUUCUUUAGGUCACGGAAAGGAGGGGCAGGGUGGUGUGCCCUGGUUUCCUCCCCCUACUGCGGAACUCACACCUUCUCAGCCCUGCUUAGUAUAUUAUUGUUUUUUUAGUCCUGUGCUGCUGUAUGUAGCAUGAAGUGGUAGACCUGAGGUGGUUGCCGUCAGGGGAUUUGUCCCUGUGGAAGGUUAUAUACAUCAAGGCACCGAUCAACAGCCGGCAGGCCAGCUCGAAAUGCGAUCUUUCCUUCUCCAGCCUCUGCUCCCUGCCCCCAUUCCAUCUCUACUCUCCCGAAGCUGUCAAGUCUGGUUUUAUCAGGCUUACGAGCAACACCAGAUGCCCUUCCCCUGCUAGCUGGCAGGGUUUGAGGUGGCGUGGAAUAUUGUCAUGGCCUGAUUUUAAUUUAUUUAUUUUUUAAGAACAAGACGAAGGCAAGAGUAUUAGAGGGAAGGGAGAGGGAAAAGUUUGGCAAAGUUAAACAUCAAACUCUGCAUGCUGUGACCGGGGGGGGGGGUGAAUUGGAGGCUUGGUGCACCUGCCGUCGCACGGUCGAUCCCGGUCUGGGUUUUAUGUAUGUGUGUGUGUGUGUUUUGACUGGCUGUGAUGUCAAGAGGAGGAGGCGUGGCCGUUCCGGAGGCAGGUAGAUAAAGGAUUCACUAAACAGGAUCCCCCAGUUCUGAGAGUCGAGGCUGCAGCGGAAACUCAAAUCACCAGGGCCAGGUAAGCAGGCUCUCUUUCCUUUCUGCCUCUUUCCGCAGGCUCCACUUCCUCUUCCCGCUGGGAGUCAGAAAGGGUCACACUGAGGAUAACAACUUUGGAAGGGGGAGACGAAACUAUUUGAGGCAUCAAUAGCUUGAUCCUGAGUAGAUGUACUCAGACCUAAGUCCCCUGCCUUAAGUGGCGCUUCCUCCCGGUAUGUGUGGGUUGUAUUGUGAGAUCUCCACAACGUCCCGGUCUCUUUCUUUGUUCCUGCCUGUUUUGGUUUUGACGUCUUUCUUAAUUAUUAUCUACGGUCUACCAUACUAAUUUUGAAGCUGGUCGCUCCACUCCCACCCCCAGUGUUUAUGGCAACUUCUGCGUUUUUGUCUCAAUAUAGCAAGAGAUUGCCUGUUCUGAGUUUGAAAUAUAUGUAUAUUUAUUACUGUGUUUCUGGCUCUUUUGACUUUUUUUUUUUAAAUUCUCCUUUCACUUGUAUCUGUCUGUUCGUUAGAGUUCAGUCCUCUUCCUGUUUCCUACUUUACCUUGAAGCAGAAAUGAAAAGAGGACCUGAACAAAAGGAAAUGAUUGGGAAAUCACAGUAUAAUCGGUUUCAAUGUUUGUUUUCUGGGGGGGGGGUGUAAAAAUGGGGGGGGGGACAAUUCUUAGAGCAGAAGCUGGGGCAAAUUUUGAGCGAGAUUGCAAACUCUACAACAGGCAUAACUCCCAAACUUCAGCAACUAGUUUCACUGGAGAGUCACUUUAAUGUUUUUAUAUAGACAAAUCUGUGGAGGAGAUGUUUAUUUGUAGCUAUUGUGUAUGAUACCCAACCAAAUGUCCAGAAACAGUGUACCUCAAGUUCAGCAACAGUUUUCUUCUGGUUACCAGUUGCUGGGGUUGAGGGUAGAAUGAGUAAACAACAGGAGAUGGUUAUUGCCUUCAUGCCCUCCAUGUAGAUUUCCUGGAGGUAUUUGGGUAGACACCAAAAAGGAUGCUGGACUUGGGACUCAGCUACAUUAGUAAAAAAACACACCAGUGCUUUGAAUGCAUUAUAAACAUGCAACACCAGAUGGCGCUGGAGAGCAAACAAAAUUCUUUGCGAUUUUACAUAGUGGUUUUUUUCUUUAGUUAUAACGAUUUAAUUUCUGACAUAUUUAUAGCGUGGUUCCCCCCCCCCCCCAUGUGUAGAUCCACCCUGGGUGGAUACUUGGUCUGAUGAAGAAGAGCUUGUCUUUCAUAAGGGGAUAUUGGGUAGAGGGGCCCGGGAGCAAGAUCACCCUCAAAAGGGGGCCACCACUACCUGCUCCCAUGGUUGCAGAUGCUGCCCCCUAAACAGAUGUGCACUUGCUUCUAAAUUGCCAGCUGGGAGCAGGAUAGUAGCCUUCAUGAGGCUAGAUUUGGCCACCUUGCUUAGUUUAAAUAUCCCCCCCCCCCGCGUGUGUAUGUGUGACUAGUCCAGGGAUGGUGGACGUCAGAUCCAGGAGCCAGGUGUAACCCCUCCAGGCCUUUUUGUCCAGCCCCCCAUAACGCUCCUUAGGCCACACAGCCAUCCCAGGCCAUACAGGCCUUGCUGUCAACCCUCUUGAAGUGCUUUUGUCUGGUUGACAUGUCUUUAAGCUGCAAGGAUGCCUCUUCAUUGACUGUUUAGGGGAUGGAGAGGUGUUUGCAGGUGGGUGUGAAUGAACCUCUGGCUUUCGCAUGGCUGUAGUACAACCUGCUCUGCAAAGAGAAAAGACACAUCCGUUUCUUGCUUUACCAGCUUUUGUCUCUGACUCUGCCCACCACUAGUAUGUGGCCCCCAGGAAGGUUCCCUAUUAGACUACAUGGCCCCUCGUCUAAAAACGGUUUCCCACGCCUUGGCUAGCUAGAUGGAGCGCACAGAAUAAAUAAGGUUCCUGAUUUGGCUGCACAUAAGCAGUGCCGGAUUUACAUAUAAGCUAAACAAGCUAUAGCUUAGGGCCCCACUCUCUUGCCCCCCCCCCCAAUAUACUUCUUCUUAAUUGUAUUUCCCUACAGUGGUACUUCGGUUUAAGUACUUAAUUCGUUCUGGAGGUCCGUUCUUAACCUGAAACAGUUCUUAACCUGAAGCACCACUUUAGCUAAUGGGGGCCUCCCGCUGCUGCCGCGCUGCCGGAGCACAAUUUCUGUUCUCAUCCUGAAGCAAAGUUCUUAACCCGAGGUACUAUUCCUGGGUUAGUGGAGUCUGUAACCUGAAGCGUAUGUAACCUGGGGUACCACUGUAUUAAUAGACUUCUUAAUUGUAUUUCAGUUCAACAAUUACUUUGAUAAAAUACAUAUUUUGUUAUGUGCAAAUGGCUUUAGAUACCUAUUAGGUCCAUAAAUUACCAUAUAGCAUAUAUUCAACGCAAAAAAGCAACAAUUUGUUGUUGACAAAGGACAGCUGGACAUAUAAAGGGCCCCAUUACCUUCAGUAACUUAGGGCCUCAUCAAACCUAAAUCCAGCCCUGCACAGGUGAAUUAGCCACCCUUUGCCACUCUGUCAUAGGCACUGGUAGAUUCAAGGGUGGCAGGAACAACUUUUUUAAAAAAUUCCUUUUUUUUUACUACAACGCCAAUUGAAGCCAGGUGCAAAAUGGUGGCAGAGAGCCAAUUGCGUGCAGCACCCCAAGAGCCAUAAAGUGGAAUGAUCUGCAUAUGCAGAUACCCCAAAUCAUCAUCAUCAUCAUCAUCUACAUCUGAGUUACUGCAGGUCAAGAAUUCUACCGACUUCAUUUGGUGGGGUUGGUGGGAAGACUAAAUAGAAGGCUUUUUGUUGCUGUUAAAUAAUUGGGAGCCUGAAGCCCUUGCUGAUCUCCGUCUGCCAACACUUGCUGCAUUGAGUAGACACUCAACAAUCAGGAUGGUGGAUAAAGAGCCGAUAACAAGGUAGCCUUUUCUUCAUGCAGGAAGGCAGAGGAGAUGUCAAACAAAUGACAGCUUAUAAGGGAAUGAAGGUUUUCAAUCCAUAUUCAUGAUUGGGAGCAUGUAAGGAGUGGGGGGUAGUAGUAGAUCUGCAUUACCCAAUCUGGAGCAAGAGGCAUGUGUGAUCUUGCAUGUAUUGCCACUUGAGAACCUACAUGAUGGAAUUCAGAAAUGGUGCAUGAAAGUUGGGUGGGGGUGGGGUGGGGAGCGGACUACCAGAGUUGAGAUUCUUUUGUUUAUCACCCUGGGUGGCGGGGCAUGUGACAGGCCGACAUGGAUUUAUAUAUAGGGUGUGAUACAAUUUCAAGUUCAGUUCCAAGAUUCUCUGUUGGCCUGAUUUUGCCCGCAGAUUGCAGCCUGUGGUUUGGCUGUCCUGCUUCUUAGGGCCCAAGCAAGUGUAACACAUAAACAUAACUAACCAAAUCCCACCUGCUUCCUCCCACCCCAUUCCUUUCCAGAGAAGAUCCAUCAGCAGAGGUGGAGGUGAUUUGAGAGCAAAAGAGCUGCUUCUUCAUUCCAGAUCCCCUCACCACCGCACACUCCCCACGCUUUCCUUCCUAACUGGGGAUCCAAACACAUGUAGGGUUGCCCAAUCUGAGGAUUUGCCCGGCAUUGUAGGGUUCUAGCUCCCCUCCCAGGGGUGGAGUUAAAUUUCAAAGCGUGAAGCCAAAAAUCAGGAUUAAUAUUCGUUAUUUUUUACAAGGCCCUCUAACGAAAGUUCCUUGGGUGGCUUCCAACGUAAACAUAAUAAUCUCAUUACCGUUAAAGAAAACGAAACCCCAACAGCAACAACAUCUAAAUAACCAAUUAAAGUGGAAAGGGAGAUAAAGGUGCAGGACCAGAUCAAUUGAAAGAGAGAGCAGGGGUGUGUGUGUGUGUGUGUGUGUGUGUGUGUAUACACACACACACAUGGAAUAAAAAAACAUGAAAUGUUAUGUUGUUGUUUAGUUGUUUAGUCGUGUCCUACUCUUCGUGACCCCAUGGACCAGAGCCCGCCAGGCACUCCUGUCUUCCACUGCCUCCCGCAGUUUGGUCAGACUCAUGUUCGUAGCUUCGAGAACACUGUCCAACCAUCUUGUCCUCUGUCGUUCCCUUCUCCUUGUGUCCUCCAUCUUUCCCAACAUCAGGGUCUUUUCCAGAGAGUCUUCUCUUCUCAUGAGGUGGCCAAAGUAUUCUCUUCUCAUGAUGUGGCCAAAUGUUAUAGCAUGCUUUAAAAGGCCUGGAAAGCCUGGCAACAGAAAUACAUUAAAGUAGGUGCCAGGCAGGCCUUUUGGGGGAUGGUAUUUCAGAGCUGAGAGGCCGCUACAGAAAAGUCCCUUUCCCCAGUAGACAUCCACCCUACCUCAUGGGAAGAGAGGGGAUUUGGAGAACAGUGGGGGGGGGGAGCUGUCUUCCAUUGAGCCCGUUUCCAUUUUAAAGUUUAAACCUCGCGCCCUCUUUCAAAUAUAUUCACCCAGAUCCCUUUCUGCUCAGGAGGGGGAGUGACUGAAAGGAAGGAAGGCAUCAUUAAAAGCGGGCAUAAUAUAUAUAUUUUAAGACCCUUUGGAAAGGAGCUGAUAAUCUUGCACUGAAGAAACACUUACUUACUCAAACGAAUCACCAAGUGCUUCUUGGCUCCCUGCUCGACUCCAGAAGGAGCAACCCUAAAACUCCACACACCGCAUCUCAGAUGCUGAGCAUCAGAAGACCUGGCAGCCUGGCACAUUAGAAGCAUGCAUUUUUAGCCCUGUUGUUGGGGGAGGGAAGGGGUCAAGGCGGCAUGAUUUGGAGAAGAGCAACAGCAAGUGUGGCAAGUUGUUCGCUCUCUCCCAAUCUACCCGUUCUUUGUUCCCCCUCUCAUAGCAGCUCGUCUCUUUCUCUCUCUGACAAACCCCACCUUUGGAAAAGGCUUUUUCCACGUUCUUACAAACAUUUCUGUGUAAUGCUUCAGGCCUUAGAGUGGAACUGCAUGUUCCUUUGGCGAGUGUGUGUCCCCAAAGCAGUUUAGGAGGCAUUUGUGCAAGAGGACCAGCUGGCAGAAUGGGUCUGUUUGACCCUCUCCAAAUGCCCCUUUGCACAAAGAGCACAGAGGUCGGCGAGGCUGGAAGCGGGGCAUGUUUACUGAAGCAACGCCUCUCCUGGCUGCAAAUCCUUCCCUUGCAAAUGCUCCCCGUUCUCCCACAGUAGCUCUGUGGGGCAAAACAUGGGCCGACUGCGCUCCUUAAACGGUGCAAAUUCUGCCUUAGUCUUAGAUGCGCGAGGACCGGUUUUCCUUCGGUGACGAAGGAAUCGCCCAGACGCAGAGGCAUUCUUGCCUACAUUUUGACCGAACGUGGUUGCCAGGAUCCAGCCUGUGGGCUGCCAGUUGGCCGCUGGCCAGUUUUAGAAGGACACGGUGAUGAUUGGGAGAGGUACAGAGUGUUCAGUUAAUAAAAGAAAACCCAGGUGGAACCCAGCUCCCGCCGUCAAGUUUAAUUAGUUAAGACAGAGCACGUAGCAGAUUGAUCUGAAGUCACUGAGGACUGCCUGACAAAGGAGGCCGUUCUUUCCGAAGUGGUUCCCGAGUGGUUGGCCUCUGCCGUGGCCUUGUAAGCUGUCUGUCAUGGUGGGGUUGGGUUAAACUUUAAACAUAUUAACUGGAGCAUGGACUUGGAAGGAUAUCUGGAUUCUUUAGCAGAGGUAUAUUAAAAAGAGAGAGAGAGAGAGCAAAAAUUGCAAGCUUGUAAAAAUGCCAUUAGGAUAGGUUCUGGUGCGGGUUUGUAAAAUCAUUGUGGAACUGAUUUUUAAAAAAAUUGAUUUAAAGAUUAUGGCUUUUGAUACACAAGGUUCCAGUGUUAAUUCCUGUCACCUCUGCCUGAGUUGGCCUAGAGGGAGCAAUCCAGAAGUAGGGAGCUGUGCAGUUAUGGGGAAACCAGCAAGGACACCUCUCUGUGCGUCCUUGCCAUUUGAGCCAGGCAUUCGGAUGUCCCAGCCAGCAGCGUGUGGACACAGUUGCUCUUAAAGGUUGUGUUGCCCAGCUCUUAGGUGUGUGGAUCCUGAGCCAUGAAAGGUCUCAUAGGUCAAAGCCACUUUUUGUUCCUUCUGCCCUGCCAAAGGCCCUUUCGGCCUUGGCAUUUCAAACCUGUCCUCUCGAAAUCCGGUGGGCUGGUUUUAAAACUGCCGAUAAGGCAUUCUAUUGCUUCUUUAUAAUGCUGUGUUUAUUGUAGUAAUGACCUUAAGAUGAAUAAUACAGUGGUAGUGAUGGUUGUUUCCCUCCCAUUGAACUCAUUUGGGUUUUUUUUAGAUAUGCCAUUAAGAAAAAACAAUAGGGAAUUGAUCAUAGCCUUGUUAGACCAGCAGUUGUUUCAUUUAAUCCUGGAGCAGUUUAAAGCCUACCUCAGCCAGGAAGCUCUUUUGGCUAAACUCGAGCCGAUAACUGUCUCUCGGCCCAGCUUAUUUUACAGUUCAUGGCUACAUAAGGACGUGGGUGGCACUGUGGUCUAAACCACUCAGCCUCUUGGGCUUGCGGAUCGGAAGGUUGGCGGUUCGAAUCCCUGUGACGGGGUGAGCUCCCGUUGCUCUGUCCCAGCUCCUGCCAACCUAGCAGUUCAAAAGCACAUCAGUGCAAGUAGGUACGCUGCUGUGGGAAGGUAAAUGGCGUUUCCGUAUGCUCUGGCUUCCGUCAUGGUGUUCCAUUGUACCAGAAGUGGUUUAGUGAUGCUGGCGCUGGCCACAUGACCCGGAAAGUUGUUUGUGGACAAACGCUGGCUCCCUUGGUCUGAAGAGCGAGUUGAGCGCCACAACCCCGUAGUUGCCUUUGACUGGACUUAACCGUCCAGGGGUCCUUUACCUUUAGAGGUCAAUGGGGCUCCCAGGUAAGCAGGGUAGGGUUGUAGCUUUAGAAUGUUGUUGUGAAUUUAUAAUGGCUGUACAUCGCCCAGAGUUCCUUGGAGGAAGUGUGCAAUAUAUGUGUUUAUAAAUAAAAAUAAACUGUUACAUGUUGCUGUGCUUAGAGAGGGCAGAGAAGGAAGGAGACAUUUCCAGCAACCCUGCAACCACAAUUGUUGUCAAGCUUAGGAAACAACAUUAACUCAAAUACAUACAGUAUUGCUGAAUAUUUAUUUUCUAUUGAAUGCUUUAAUGCCUUUGGAUGCCACUCCCGGUACCAAAAAUCUUAGUAUCAUGGUUUUGUUGCGAUUCACCCACGCUUAGAUUAAACUUCUGUCCACACAGGAGUCCUUAAAAACAUAUUGCCCUGGAGAUUGUGUUGUGAUUGCACCGUUUAUCUUUUCGAAAAGGUGUCAUCAGCUCCAGCCACCGCAUAGGAGCACUCCAAAGGACGUCCCCUUUCUUCCUGUCCUGAGCUCUUAGUAAAGCCCUGGAAUCUUUACAUGAGACAAAGUCCCCACCCCACACAGGGCAGGUGGGGGGGGGGUGGAGAGGCUGCUGACCUGAGAUGCGUAGUGUGCUGGAAAGGAAAACAUGCCAGAUGGACACAUACGCAGAGGAAAGAUCACAAAUAAUAAAUGAAUGAUUAAGCUUCACAAUCAAUGGUCAACUUCAUUUUCCAAACCAGACAUUUUGAAGAGCUGCUUUCUGCAGGUCUCUCGGUGCACACUGCGCUGAAUACGUGCCUAUGGGCAGGGCUUUCUUUCAGCUGGAACUCACUGGAACUCAGUUCCGGCACCUCGCAGGUGGGCACCAUUGCCAUCCUAAGAGAACAAGGGAGGCAUUCAUGGCAAGCCCCGGCACUUCUUUUUCUAUAAAAAUAGCAGUGUGAAUAGGUAUAGACUGCUUUCAUCCAACAAAGAUUAGUGGCCAGCAUUGCUUUUUAAAGUAGCCUGCAUGUACACACAUACCUGCAGUAGUAAUUCGCGGCUUAAAAGAAAGGGGGGGGGAGUGAACUUGUGUUGGGUUUCCAUAUCUCAAAAAGUGAAAGAAAAACCAGGAGACCCCGAAAAUUGUUGAACUUAUAUUCUUUACAUAAAUGACUCGCCUAAGAUCCAGGACGAAGAAUUGAUGCUUUUGAAUUAUGGUGCUGGAGGAGACUCUUGAAAGUCCCAUGGACUGCAAGAAGAUCAAACCUAUCCAUUCUGAAGGAAAUCAGCCCUGAGUGCUCACUAGAAGGACAGAUCCUGAAGCUAAGGCUCCAAUACUUUGGCCACCUCAUGAGAAGAGAGGACUCCCUGGAAAAGACCCUGAUGUUGGGAAAGAUGGAGGGCACGACAGAGGACGAGAUGGUUGGACAGUGUUCUCGAAGCCACAAACAUGAGUUUGACCAAACUGCGGGAGGCAGUGGAAGACAGGAGUGCCUGGCGUGCUCUGGUCCAUGGGGUCACGAAGAGUCGGACACGACUAAACAACUAAACAACAACAAAGAUCCAGGACGAAGCGCCACCAUUUGGAACACCCCAGGACGUCAAUUCUGCCUUCGAAAUCCCAGUAAUGUCUGGGAAAAUCUGGACGCAUAGCAGCCCUAACUUGUAUAAAGUCCCCCUGCAUGGUUUCCCACAGGCAGUUCUUGCCUCGCUAUAGGCAUUUGCUAGUCUCUAUUUUGAAUGUCCACUCCAAUCAGAAAGUGGAGCAAGAGUUAGGAAGGCCUGGAAAGGCAAUGCAGCCUGGAUGCCUGCAUAAUCCAGAUGUUUAGCCAGGAAGGCCUUUUUGCCACAUUCCAUCACCAGGGAUGUUGACUCUGGCAAGGUUUCUGUGUGGGCGGCAGCUUCCUGCCUUCCCACUGUGAUAAGCCUAUGGUAUGGAGACAAUGCAGCCUAUCCUUGGAAGCAAAUACUAAUGGCACUCCAAAAUAAGCUUGUCUUGAACUGCACCCUUAGUCUUGCUUGCAAAUGAAAGCUUAUCUUGCAGUAGAUUGUUUUUAAAGCUGCCAGAGGUCUGGUAUACCUGAACUGCAAACCUAUAUUGGUUUUAUGCCAGUUUAAAGGAGCCUGGGAACUUCAGUUUGGUGAGGUUGCGGAAUAUUCUCUGUUAGAAAACUCUUAAGUCGCCACCCCCCACCCCAGAUCUCUGGUUCCCUAGGGAAAGGGCAGUUCUGUUGAAUCUGUUUGUCUUGUAGCUAUGCCCUUAGCUUUGUUUCCUGCCAUUGCCAGACACAACUGCCCCACUAUAAUCUUGGGACUCAGAGGAAAUAAAUACUUUUUUAAGGGGGGAAAGCCACUGCAUUUACACAACCAGGUUGUUGUUCCACGACAUCCGCUGCCUUUUAGACAAAAGCUGGUAGUUCCAAACAUUAUGUUAAUUAGAUUACAGAUACUUAGGCCGGUCCUGAUCGGAUUCAUGUUACAGAAGUCCCUCUGCAGACGAAGCCAGCCAUGAGAAAUGGAUGAUACCUUUGGGAAUAUAAUUACUGAGAGCAAGGCACAACUGCCGCACUUCCCAUCUGCAUCUUCAGAAAGAAACACUCCCCCUAAGAAGAGAAUUCUUGCUUGGAGGUUUGGCAGCUUCAUGAGACAGGAUCCAGAGUCUCGUCUAUAAUUAGCAUCUUGAGGGCUGGUUCAUACGUAAACAUUGCUGACCGCUCCGUGGAAUGUGUGAACUGCCUCUGUGGAGUUUGAAUAUUUUGCGCAUGAGUUGGCACCUGGAGAUAGCAGAGUUCCCUCAGCAGAAUAUUAUCUGCGCUCUCAAAGCAAAUCCUCACUUGUCAACGAGCGAGGGCUCUGCAGGUGUGAACUGGGCCUCAGAGAAAUCAGACUUCCAGCAUCCCUUGCGUAGCUUCGCCCACCAGAAUGUGGGAUGUGGCGGCGACAGGAGCAGCGACAGCACUCCUGUGUGGCAAGCGCACUCUCAGCAGCCAAUAUGCAAAAUGCACUGCACAUUGGAAAGUGGCACACCAUGCAAGUCGCUUUCACUGGAAAACUGAAGGCAUUGGAAGGUAAAAAAGAAAAAGAAAGAAAGAAGACUUUGACACCGUUUGGUUUGGUUUCGUAUGUUAACAGAUUGAGUCAUACCAUAAUUCCUCCAUCAAGUCAUGGUGACAGGCAGCGAGACUUUAAUCUACUCGACUUCACAGUCAACACUAUUCAGUGGUGUAGCAUGGGGGGCUGGGGGGGCAUGCCCCUGGGUGCACAUUUCUGAGGGGGUGCAACCUGCGCCCUCGUGACUAGCUCCCUCCAUCAUGGCCAGAGCCAUGGGGAGGCAAGCUGUGCCCGGGCCAGGCCUUCGGUGAAGAAACACCCGUGCAUGCCCCACCGCUGGGCCAGCCAAAAAGGAGAGGGGGGAGGGUGGCAGCAACACCCACUGGGGUGGGAGGAAGGGGAAUGUGGGAAAGCACUGCUGUAGCCACGUGCAUUGCCCAGAGCGCCUCACUGCAAGGACAGGAGGGCGAUGUGACACAGCACCGCUCCUGGCUUUGCGUUUCUCUGCCUUAUCUCUGCUCCCAGGUUGGGGCUAGUUUGCAAAAAGAGACUCCCUUGCAUUAUACCUGAAGGAGCGUCUCCACCCUCAUCGUUCAGCCCGGACACUGAGGUCCAGCUCCGAGGGCCUUCUGGCGGUUCCCUCACUGCAAGAAGCAAAGCUACAGGGAACCAGGCAGAGGGCCUUCUCGGAAGUGGCGCCCGCCCUGUGCAACGCCCUCCCAUCAGAUGUCAAGGAAAUAAACAACUACCUGACAUUUAGAAGACAUCUGAAGGCAGCUCUGUUUAGGGAAGUUUUUAAUGUGUGACAUUUUAAUGUAUUUUUAAUCUUUGUUGGAAGCCGCCCAGAGUGGCUGGGGAAACCCAGCCAGAUGGGUGGGGUCUAAAUAAUAAAUUAUUAUUAUUAUUAUUAUUAUUAUUAUUUAUAUUAGGUGCUGGCCAGCAAAGGGACUGACUAUUUCCCAGUCCACCAGGGGGGACACAGCACUUUUCCCGCCCCGGGUGCCAGCAACCCACACUACACCCCAGUCACUUUUCCAGCAGAUGCAACAUGAUUCUGCUUUGUGUUGAUGUUCGUCGCUUCUACGUUCAGAAAACCAUUCAGUGAAAAUAUGUACAAAAAGGGGGAAAGGCAACACACUCUGUGUGUCCAAGGCAUGUAGUCAGAGGGAGGAUACUUUCGGUCGGGUCUGUGUAAAGAAGGAGUGGAAAUUGGUAGUGUGAAUUGGUAGGGUGAACUGAGCCCGCGCCCUGACAGUGAUGGGGAAUGGCAGUUCUGAAUAGCUCAACAGUGCACUUCUGAGGUCAUUUCCAGGAAGGCAAUAGGGCAUGGCCAAAGGGACUGCUGGUCUUUGCCUGUGAAGAGAGCAGGGGCAUUUUGCCUUUAUUAUAGAUUUAGGGCUAAGGGGUAGGGUUUAAGCCUUGCUGCAAAGCAGCUGCCAACUGGCCUAUACUGGCUAGAGUCAAGCUACUAGGCUCCGGUUUAGAUCUGCAGAUUUCUACUUAAAUCUUAAGGACUUUGUGAUAGACAGGGGAUUUUUAUUUGAAUCCUUUUUCUUUUGCUUUUUUUGGCAUAUGCAUCUAGCUAUAUAUCUAUAGAAAGAUAUGAGGCGGGUUUGCUUUUUCUUGUGAAGAAGAGGGUUUCUUCAUUUGUUCAGUAGUUUUGGGGUCUAUUUGGGGACCUUUUGACAGAUUGGUGAAUGUCGUGGUGGCUUUCUUCAGUAGAAACGCACCGUUGUGCAGCUGGAGAUGGAGCAGGAUAUUUGCCCCUGCUUCCUUGGGGAUUUCUUGUCCUAACUAGCAGGGAUGCAGUUUUUGAAGGCUACAAAAGGAGCUCUGUGUGUUGGAAUGGUAAGCAUGGCCAGGAUCACUGGCUACUGAUUAUGUGGUGUCAUUGGUGUAAGUACAUGGAUGCUUCUGGGUAGGGUAACCUAAACAAAAAGACAUGACCCUGCCCAAGUGAGCUUCUUCACAGAACCAUAGAGUUAGAAGGGACCCUGAGGAUGAACUAGUCCAGCCCCCUUCAAUGCAGGAAUACGCAGCUGUCCCGUACAGGGCUUGAACCUGAAACCUUGGCAUUAUCAGCACUACUCUCUGACCAACUGAGCUAUCCAGGCUGAAGGCUUGCAGUGUAAAUUUUAGCAGAGGAAGAAUGAACAAGAAGCAAGGGUAAUGAGAUAAAAAUUUAGGGGUGCAUGUGGUUAUAUUAUUUAUUCAGUUAUAUUGUUUAUUCAGUUGUGGCUAUCUUCUCCUCUUCCUCUCUUCCCUCUGUGCUUCACCCUAUGUGGCAUUUGUGCUGCGCUUGCAACUUGUGCCUAAUCUCAGAAGAACUUUGACCCUCCGUUACUCUAUCUCUUUCCCCUGUCUGGGUUAUGCCACAAACCCUGAUGAUAUUUUCCCCCUCCCCUUUUUUUUGCUAAUAUAGGGAGAGCCGGUGAAAGGGCAACUGAUGUGCUGGGCUCAGCUUAGCUGCUGAGCUCAGAUCCAGUGCCAGGCUCCUGGUGUGGGUAUAUCAACUUGCUCCGCUGUGUCAGUGCUUGAACGUGACCCUUGCAUUGCCUCAGCCCAGCUGCUGACUCGGGUGCUGCUCUGUUGCCAGCUUCCCCCCCCCCCACCCCGAGCAGCUGCAUUUAUUGCAAUUAGCAAAAGAACAACAAACCUAUGGUUAUGUGAAACAUACCCAAUAAACACCCAAGACGUAACCGGCUGUACUUUUGAAUAAAUAAGGUAUACUAUUCGUUGUAUCACAUUGUAGAUUUCGAUGGAAGUCUCAUAAAGUACACCAAAAAAGCAGAAGACCCAGUGGAUCAGUUCAUUCUCUAGUCAGUUCAUGCAUAAGGUCCAUACAUGUAUAAGUGUCUAUUCCACCUGUCUGUUCAUAGAGUCCAGUAAUCCACAUGAAGGGUUGUUACAGUUCCACAGAAUCCUUUCGCAGAGUCUAAGACAAGGAUUUCCGGAAUAUUAGCCUUGUUUCGCCAUCCUAGGCUUCAUCAGUAGUACAGGCUCAUAUGUAAUAUUACAGGAUAGUGGAUCUUAUAGCAUAGUACUGGCUGCAACCAGACAGGUGGAAUAGACACUUAUACAUGUAUGGACCUUAUGCAUGAACUGUUGAACUUUAUGAGACUUCCGAUGAAAUCUACAAUUUGAUACAAGUACAGCCAGUUACAUCUUGUGUGUUUAUUGAGCAUUUAUUGCAAUGGCAGGCACCGGUGUGCUCCAGUGGCGUGCGAUAGCACGGCAGAAAAUCCUCUCCUUGGGAAUUCUGCAUGGAGCCUCCUCCGAGUGCUAUGCUUCCUUGGAUUCCCAAAAGUCCGAGUCACAAUAACUUAUUCUGAUAAACCGCAGAGUGCAAAAAUGAAAUACAGUCUAGAUGUCAUCCUUGUCAUUGUGUCAACAGAUAUUGGCUAAGGCAUACAUAGUCUUUCAGAUUACCCUGAAGUUUUUAUUACGCUUUUCUCCCCGGUGAAAAAUCCUAGGCAACUCAGUAGGGGGCAUGAAUUCCAUUUUAGUUUUACAGUACCACAAAGAACUAUUCCUUGCAACCCGUAACCGGAGGCUAGAAUGAAUUAAUAAAGGUUGCACCUCUUUGAAGCAACUUUGCAUUGCAAACCUGGGGAGUCCUCUUCCAAUGGGUGGGCACCCUCAGGCUGUGGACCUCACUAGGCCUGCCAAUACCAUUGUGGCCAAGCCACACCCAUCUGCUCUAAAUGUGACAUAAUGGAAUUUUUUCUUUAUUUCUUUCUUUCCAGAGGAAGCAGUUUGUAUUCAAAGCACUGGAGAAAGUACUUGGAAUACAAACUGGCUUUUCCUGCAGAAGGAAAAGAAAAAUGCUCUGUUUUUAGGAGCAUUUUCACCUUUGCUGGGAACUCCGAAGAGGCUGAACGGAAGUUACAGGGAGCCUCUUUGAUGUCGUGGUAGCCGUGGCAAUUGGGUGAUUGGCACAGAAUUAUAUCUUCAAAGGAGGCUCGUCAGGGGUUGCAGCGACCCCCUCUGAACUUUGACAGGUGUUUGAUGCCUGGCAUAAUUAUGAGGACAGAUGAUUGACAGGUGGGUGGUCCUGCCCACUUGCCAGAGUUGGCACACAGGGGGUGGGAGAGAAAUCCAGGCCAGACUCAGUAACACCCCCCAAUCAAUGGCUAUGCUCUGCCUCCACUGUCAGAGACGUCAUGCCUCUGAAUGGAAAUCGCAGGUGAGCAGAGGGCUGCUGUGCUCACCUACCUGCCGGUUUCCCAAAGGCAUCUGGUUGGCCGCUGUGAGAACAGGAUGCUGGACUUGACGGGCCAUUGGCCCGAUCUGGCAGGCUCUUCUUCUGCUCUUACAUCAUAAGAGGUCCUACAGCAGGGAUGGCCCGUGUGGUGCCUUCACAAAUGGUCUCCCUCUCUCCUAAUACCAGAACCCCGGGGUCUUCCAAUGAAGCUGAACAGCAUGAGAUUCAGGAGAGAGACAAAAGGAAAUAUGCUCCUCCAUAUUGCACAAGUUAAAUGAUGGGAUUCGCUGCCGUAACAUCAAGAUGUAAUGAUGGCCAGGGAUUAGACACAUUCAUGGCCAUCGAUGAUUAGUUGUCAUAAUGGCUAAAUCACCUCCAGUGUCAGAAGCAAUAUAUCUCUUGAGCACCAGUUACCGAGGAUCAUGAGCAAGAGAGUGCUGUUGUAUUUGUGUCCCUGAUUGGGGCCUCUGGUUUGCCAGUGUGAGAUUGGAUCGCUCUUUGGUCUGAUACAGCAGGGCUCCUCUUGUGCUCAGAUGUUAUUGGACUACAACUCUCAUCAUCACCAACCAUUGGCUAUGCUGGCUGGGGCUGAUGGGAGUUGUAGUCCAAUAGCAUCUAGAGCAGCGGUUCCCAACCUAUGGGUCCCCAGAUGUUGUCAGACUACAACUCCCAUCAUCCCUGACCACAGAUCAUGCUGGCUAGGAAUGAUGGGAGUCGUAGUCCAACAACAUCUGGGGACCCACAGGUUGAGAAACACUGAUCUAGAGGAAAACCACAUUGGCUAUCCCUGCCCAUGGUAUGUUGCUCAUCCACUUUCAGCUUAGAAGGAGUGUUGAUAGUAACUCACUUACCUUUGGGUUCAUGCCAGGGGAGACUGGUGUGUAUUUUCCCGCUCUUCCUUACCACACACAGUUUGAGAAAUCACUAGUGUGUGUUGUAGAAACAGGACAAGGAAGUAAACAGAGCUGAUAACCAAAGUAGGUUGGCUCCACAGUGAGUGUCUUUAAUGCAGAUUCAACACUAAGAGAAACACCAGGGUUGAAAGCAAAGGGAAAGCCCCAUUUAGCCCAGCUUCCUACUCAAAUUCUAGACAAUCUCCCCCCUAACAUACUGUCAUUUGAACUUGAUUUAUAAUGACAAUUAAUUGCCAGCUCGUGUCUGGUUCCAAUUCAAGGUGCUAACAGUGUUUAAAGCCCUAAAUGGGAGGCCCCAAAUAUCUGCUUCCCUACAGACCCUCUCAUAGAACCAGUUUUUAAUCUCUAGUGAUGCUACAAUUUGAAGGACCCCCCAGAUGCGGCUUAUCAACCUGGGAAGGUAGCCCAUCUAGGAGAAGGAAAACCUCCGCUGCCUUGUGGGAGAAGUAAAGGCUAAGAAGUAAGCCCUACACAAAUCCACUCUGGAUUUGUGUCCCCAAGAUGGUUGGAUGGCGCCUUGUAGGCCUCCUUCUGGCAACUCCUGCAGGAUUUGCUCUUCUUUCCUUUGGACCACAUUAGUGAGGCUGAGAGGGGGCUCUUGUCGUCUGGGCAGCCCAGGACCUCCAUAUCCAGUGCCCAGGCUUGUGCCAGGGGAGUUCACUUUGGUGCUGCUAAUGCAGCGAUUUGACUUCACCCCUGGAGGUUCACUCUGUUGUCUCUUAAGACAGAUAAGUGCACAGCAUGGGGCUGUUUAAGAACCCUUUGCAAGCAAUCCCUUCGGAAAUUGGAGGUGUAAGGAGCAGCAUGCGACUGUUCACUAUAGGUUUUCCACCAGCCCACGUGUCCCGAAUCAGAUCCUCAGCCUCGAAGAGGAGGGUUUUGUGCCCCCUUGUUUAGCUCUGUGCCCGUCCCCGGAGAGUGGAGGUGCCUUGCUGGCCUCAGUCCCUCAGCUCCCCACCUGGCCUUAUCUCUGCUCCCUCUCAGCGGGGGUUUGUUUUGUUAACACAAAACUGAGAGCUCUUGAACUUCUCUGCCUCACAAACCAGGGCAGGGAGCCAGUGUGGGAAUUUGCUAACCUACAGCAACAAAACCGCUCUCUGUCUUGGCUCCUCUCCUGCUCACACCUACUUAUAUGGGCCGAAUGAAUUGAGCAAAUGUAUGCAAAAGGGCACGGCCCACGUGGAUUUCCUUGAUGCGAAAGGAAGAUUUUGGAGGUAUAGGAGGACUCUGGAGGGAGAAACAGGUAAUGCUUUGAAGUAGAAGGCGCCCUCAGAAUGUAUGUUGAGGCCUUUGGCAAAACACUGGGGUGGCACGGGGUUGGGAAACAGAACCUUGGUCCGGGUGCCAACUUGGGAUAGGGAAAGAGUUUGGUGCCUCUUCUCUCCCUUGCAUUCAGUCACACACACACUCCUUCCCAUUGGCUUUUCCAGUUUACAAAACAGAUGCAAGGCUAUGUUUAUAGGUUUCACAUUGAUUGUGUGGUUUGGUUCAGAGAUCUCUGGGAAUGGGGCUGAAGAAGGGCCACUCCAGCAACUCGUGCUAAGCAAAUGUAAUAAGGUGUUCCUCCUCCGCAAUCCAAAAUAGGAACAAUGCUAUAGCAGCCACAGGUCCCAGAAAAUCAGGACUUUUCCUGGGUAAAUUGGAGCAAUCGGAGUAAACAGUGGUGGAGGUGGAGUCCCUCUUCCCCCAGCUUUUCCACUCCUGGCCAGCCAGCCCCCACCCCCAGCUGCUUAUGUUAUGACCUUGAGAUUGCUCAGAAACUUGCUCGACCAUGGAAAAAAGCCUCCCGAAGGGCGCCGAGCCAAAGACAAAAAGCCAAACAAAUUUGUUUGCAUCGCUCACCAGGCUUGCUCCCACUCCAGGGACAGGGGCUGGGCAUCUCAGGGCCUUGUCAAUCCAAGCUCUUUCCUGCGUAGCUCAGUUAACGCUGUUGUCGCCUUAUAUAAUUGACCACCUAAGGCAAAAGGGUGGGAGAGGAUUGCCCUUAAGGAGGGGGUGUCCAUCCCCAAGUGGCACGGAACUCGUUGGAAGGGACGGGAGCAAAUUGAAGGAUGUCAGUAUUUAGUGUUGACAUUGUUGUUCUGUUUUUGUGUGGAACUCCCAGUGACUCACCCCCCUGAAGCCUCCUAAUGUCGAAGAUGACAGGUUCUCGGUGCAACGUAGAAAGCAGAAACACAAGUGGGAAAGGGUCCACUGGUGUUUGCCUGAUGCCACAGGGCAGAUCAUAGCUGCACUGGGUUCAUUAGGCUGCACUUGUAGCAUAUGAGUGAUGGGUGACAGGUUGGUUAGCUGUAUUGCUUUGGAAUGGUGCAGCAUAGAAGGGAGUGAAAAUAUCCAAGUUAGGCCUUAACUGGAAUGAGCUCUAGCUGUAGAUAGAUACCAGCCAAAACUACUCUUUUGCGGUGAGCUAGAGAAAUGUGAGACAUACCAGGUUCUUGGCGUCCAUUGGUCUGAGCUGGUGCUAUCUGUUGGGAGUGCUUUACCUUCACACCCACAGCUGUGUUAUACUGAGCCAGACCUUUAGUCCAUCUAGCCUAAUACUGUGUACUUGAGUGACAUAAGCUCUUCAAGCUCCCAGUCCUGCUGCCUGAAAAGUGGCUGGGGCAACCCAGCCAGACAGAUGGAGUGCAAAUAAUAAAAUUAUGAUGGUUAUUUUUUAACUGAAGAUGCUCAGAAUUCGACCUGGGACCUUCUGCGCAUGACAUAUGCGCUCUCUGGCUCUUCUCUCACACAUCUGCUUGGGCCUUUAGACAAUGUGUGGUUCCCAUCUAGAUAUUGUUGGACUAUGACCCCCAUCAGCUCUGAUUGUUGGCAACGCUGGCUAUGGUAAGGUUACCAGAUUUUUUUCAAAGAAUCUGGGGGUACUUUUUUUUUAAAAAAGAGGGGAAAAGUUAUUUUAAAAUUAUUGAAAAGAGAAGUAGAAGUAAUAUAGUCUCUUCUGUGGUCUCCUCUGUCUCACGGCCUUCCUCUGGGCCCUGGCCUGCUCUCUUGGAGUGCUAGCCGCCAUGGAGUAGCCUCGGGUCAGGGCUGGGUUUGGUCACAUGUCCUUGGCCUCCUGGUGCGCUCCUACCUCUCCUCAGCUGCGGUGGCGGCGGCGGCGCAACAAGGUUGGGGCUCCCUUCUUUUUUCUCCUUCCUCUUUCUCUCUCUUCCUUCUCCUCCUUCUCCCUGCAUUGGCUUUGGGGGUUUUCCUGGCCCCAGAACACCGCUGGGCAGUCGGCCGAGUGGCCAGGCUCUCUCCCUCCCGGUUGAUUUGGGUCACGGGGGGGGGUUAGCAGUUCCCCCAGUUGACGCGUCAGGCGUCCCCAGUUCCCCCUUGGCAGUGGCAGCGGCAGUGGCAGUCUCAGCAGCCUGGAGCCAGCCUGGUAGUGCAGUUGGUUCUGGCUGGCUUCAGGAGCUGCUCACUGCUGUGGCGCCCGCCAUUUUACCUCGCCGGAAGUCCCCAUAUGAUGUGUCUUGUGCCAUUGAACCAAUUACACAAUAUUCAUUCCCUACUAAUAAAUCUACAGCACUUAAAAUAUAAAUCCGGGGACAUUAAAUGAAAUCCAGGGACAUUCCGGGGACGGAUUUUGUCCAGGGACAGAUUUGUAAAUCCAGGGACUGUCCCCGGGAAAGGGGACGUCUGGUAACCAUAGGCUAUGGCUGAUGGGAGUUGUAGUCCAGCAGUACUUUGAGGGCACCACAUUGGCCAUAUCUGCAUUAGACAGAGCUCUGCUUUGAGUACGGCAGCUUUCAGGAAUGGACUCUGAUGUUCUCUACCUGGGAGUUAUUUCUGGAGAUGGCUUGGCAAGAUGGAUUGCUUGUGUUCUCCAGGAAAGGGACAGGCACCUUUUUCGUGGUAGGUGAUGUGUGGGGAAGGCACCUGGCCGACAUUGCUGUCCUCAGAUUUUGGCCUGUUGUCGGCAUCCGUCUGUCUCUGGAGUGCGACAUGUUUUGUUGCAGCCGGGGCAGAUGAAGGUGUCCGGUUGUGCUUCUGCAGAUGCACCAUGGUGUUUCUUCUCUCUGCGCUCCUCCCAGUGGUCAUUUCUCCUCUGGUCACUGUUGGGGAUACACAACUUGACUGCCUGUCUUCAGGCACUGCAGUCAUCUGCAAUGGAUUCCCACUUGGCGGGCCCGAUCUUGCCAGUCUCCACAUCCUGUUUGCAGACAUCUUUGUAGCACAGAGUUGGUCUGCCACCAGGCCUGGUGCCUGAAGCCAGCUCCCCGUAGAGCACAUCCUUGGGGAUCCUGUCAUCUUCCCUUCUGUGGCCUGAAUCGCUGGUUUCUCCCCAGCCCUAUUUUGAAUGCUGUUGAAGUUUUCAUAUUUUGUUUCGUGGAUUUGAUUGUAAACUACUUGGAAUGCUUAUUUGGGCCAGAACGGCUUUGCAAGAAAAGACAUGAUAAAAAAGGGGAGUAUCUAUGCACCAUGGACCCCUCGCUCUGAGCUACUGCAGUGUGGAAGAGAGAUUCCAGUGUAGGUGAGGUCCCUGUGGUUUGAGCUGACACAAUAAGGCCACGAGAUUCCAGGCUAGCUGGCAACUGUGUUAAGUUGACGUAACACGAAGGGAAUGAACACACCAGGUAGGCCUAUGUAUUGGGUUCCAUGACCUGGGAUGCCCUUUCUCAUUCUAUAUUAUUGAAAUUUGCUCUGAACUUCUGCAACAGGGGAGAAAGAGGCCUGAGCUCUUGGGCCGGGCAGAUGAGCUCACAUCAGCUGACUUAGGAGAAAAAGAGUCCAGACUGGUGGUGGUCCCUGUUUUGUGUAAUGGGAGAAGGAAGUUUGAGCUGGCCGUUUGCACCCUGCUUGUCUGAGAAGGUGCAGAAAGGUGGUGGGAAGGGUAACCAUUUUAAUCUGAUUAAAAUUACAAGCGCAGUGCCAGUGCUAGUUGGUAGUUUUGUCAAAUGCUGUUUACUUAUUUUUUUAUUUUUUUUUUAAUUGCUAUGUUUUCGGUUGUAGCAGGCCAGCCUCGUACUGCAAUUUCCUCCUCUGCUUGCCAGCAGCUAUCCCCACCUCCCUCCAUUCCUCUUCACUCCCUACCUACACCUCUCCAGCUUUUGCAGAUGCUGCCUCCUGGCACCCAAAAUGAGCCAUCCUCCCUAACUUACAGUGUCCCAGAUACCAAGCAGAUGAGGUGUUUACAAGGGAGGGGCUAUUUGAGCAUCCUGCCUGGGAGAUCUUGAUGCAGAACUGGUUUGACCGGAAGCAAGGAGGCGUAUGGGCCCCGGGGUGUGUUGACCAUGUGUUUGGUGGUGAGCUGGGGGUGGGAGGGAAUUUAUGUGUUGCGCAUUCAUUUCACCUGCUGUUUGGGUUUCAUCACCUUCUAUGUUUUCAGAUCCAGGACCUGCCUUUAAUCUCAAAACCACCUCUCUUAUCUUCCUCCCUCUCCCUCAAUGUUUCUUCUCUUUCUCUCGCAUUCUGCGGUGGGCUCUCCCUUCUCUGUGAGUGAAUACAUCCAUCUGACCAGAAACAGGGAAAUUGCUUGGGAGAAAACUAGCAAAAUGUAAACGUUUUGAGUUGCAAGAUUGGAUGCAGCAACCUACUUAUGGAUAGCUAUUACCGUAUUUUUUGCACCAUAACACUCACUUUUUUCCUCCUAAAAAGUAAGGGGAAAUGUCUGUGUGUGUUAUGGAGGGAAUGCCUACGGGUGGCAUGCCUACAGAUUUUUCUCCUCUAAAAACUACGUGCGUGUUAUGGUAGGGUGCGUGUUAUAGAGUGAAAAAUACGGUAGUUUAAGAAGCUGCUAUUUGACAUAACAUUCAUAAGAACAUUACGUUUCCUUCUUAUUUUUUUAAAAAGCAGUGGUCUAGCGGCCAGACUCCAGCCCCUGUGGCUGGCCCACUGAGCACAUUAUAUAUGUUGGCAGUAGCCUAGUGAACUUUCAGAAGCUGUGUGGGGCUUGUGGAAGCAAUGAGCUGUGGCUUCAAUGAGCUGUACAGCUGCUAAAUCAGACCAAAUUCUGCAGAAAACAGAGUUUUCGUGACUUCUUGAGGCUUUGAAUGACCUUGACCCAGAAUUUGGAACAACUAGGCAGGUCUGAUUUGACUCAGAUCCUGCCUCAGACCCACACCUCAGACAUGUUGUUGUGCACCAAAGCCUUUUGCCUGUCAGGGGUCAGAAGUUCACUGGGAAGGAAAACAGCAAAGUGAAAAAUCCUGCCUUGUGAGUCUGACAUCCCCAAGUCCUUUAAUCUUUUCGGAUGUCACAGUCUUACUUCUGAAUAAUGAUUCGCCUUCAUCAUUCUCCACAGCUUAGGCGAUGCUGUUCCUGGCCACUCUUAAUAGCACAUUCUGUUUUAUAUAAAGGUCUUCCGGCAGGCAAUGCAUUCAUUAUUUCACUGUUCCCAUUCAUAGGUAGGACAGUGGAAUCUUCACUGUCAGUUUGCAGAUGGAAAACUAGGUCACCAGGUAGGAGCAUUCGGAGGCCUCCAGACAGGCUGGCGAUUUGAACUAAUGGUCCCUGGCUUUCAGGGCACUUCAUCGAAACCACACCCCCUGAGGACAGCUGGUAAGCUUUGAGUUCCUCAGUGCCUGGCGAGCCCUAAGUGGGGAAGCAUUUGUCUGUCAUGAGUUCAGAUCAUCACUGCUCAACCUGCCAUUUCCCCACUCAUUUCUAUAAACUGAGCACCAGCACAGUCAGAGAUGAGUUUAUAUGCAGAUUUGGUGACCAUUCAGCACAUAAUGUGUGAUUUAACAACUCACUUCCAUUAAAGGAAUUUUGGACCAGCAGUCGCACACCCAUCCAUGCCCAUCUCUUAUCAUUACAGUAAGAAUCUAAAGAUUAUUCAUGAAUAGGAGUCUUCAUAUCUGCCAUCAAAUAUUUUUUUCAGAGGAGACCUUGCACACAACCAACUGAGAAUCAUCAUGUGAUGGGUGUACAUGUGUGAAUUCUGCCCUCUUGCUUUCCUUCUAUGUGAUUAAGCAGCACCUUUAAAAGCCCUUUGAACAGCUGUUAAUAGGCAUCGGCACCCUGUGAAUUAAUCUCCCAGCAGUAUCUGGGCAUUUCGCAAUGAAGUUUACCUGUUCCCUUCUCAAUCACUUUCUCCAUCAGACUUGGCAACCUGGCAUUGCUAAUGGCUCCUGGAGCACGUUUGAGAGCGAGACUUAGCUGUGCCCAUGUUUUUCUCCAAGUAGGGCGAAUAGCAGCUUUGGGAAGGAAAGACAACUUUCAAGAAAUGACCUGGGGAGGAAGAGUGGACACCCCCCUUUUCAGCACUGCUGCACUGAGCCAAUUUGUACCUCCUCCUCUUCCCCAAGCUUCUUUUAAAUCUUUAUUAAAAAAAAUGUCUGGGAUUUUGAGCACAGAUCUGCCACAUCAUGUGUAGCUUGGCACUUUUUUUACAAAAGAGCAGAGAAAUUCGUGGAGGUUCAUUAAUCAACUGGAAUUCACUGUGAUUCACUCAAUGCGAGGGGUGGGAUAGGAAAGGCUAUUGGCUCCCUCCCUAUUUACCUGAAUGUCAACUGUUGGAAAUGGGACCCAGGGGCCUAUCCUGACCCUUCUUUUGUUUCUUCCGCUUGUUGAGAGAAUUAUUGAUCAUUUCAGUAGGGUUUUGCUAGAUGCGGGUAAGUGCUUUCUAGUCCAGGCAAAUGAACUUGAGCAAGCUUCUCUUGCUGUGGUUGGUCAGAGGCAUGUGGUUCAAGAACACGCAGGUGCUGUUUGCCUCAGAGACAUGGCACCUUUUUUCCACCCCGCCUGCAGCCUACACAAACCUCCAAGGGGGAAAAGGACCCAAGGAGUCUGGGGAGGCAAGAAGCGGAGGUGUAUGAGAGGACUCAAACGUGCUUGAGCCAGUAGAAAGGGGUGGGGUGGUAGAUCUGAGUCACCAGCCCACAUUCUGACUCACCGCUUUGUUUUGAUGGAAGGAAGCAUGCAGGAGGCAAAAGGGCCGGUUGGUGCCAGGUGAUCGCCGGUAAACGAAACAUGUAUUUGGUUUUUAGACGCAUGUUUCUUUCUUCAACAUUCGCUGGUGUUGACAGAAGCAGAACUCCUCUUUAUAAAAGGCAUAGGUGUGCGAUUUUUUUGAUAAGCCGGAUCAAACCGGGCGUUGUGAGUUGGUGAUUCAUCCCUGACUGGUCUAGUCCUGCUACAAUGGAACACAAGGCGAUCUUGGCACCUAUAUGAAAAAAUAAUAAUGGUGGUGGUGAUGAUGAUGAUGAUAACAACCACCACCUCCCGGAAGAAAACAAGUGCCGGGAAUUAGAUGGUGAUGUUGCUUUCCUACAGACAUCCUGACUGGAAGCAAGCUUCCUGUAAAGCCGAAACAAAUGUCCCCUGAGCAGCUAUUUAUUGCUUCAGCGCUCUGACUUAUGCACAGGCACAUUUCCAGGUGCAAGAGUAUAAUUUUGCAUAGCAAGGUUUAGGCCCAGCGUGCAUUAGAAGCCUCCCACUCCGUUGUGUCCCAUUGCCACCUCUCAGAUCUGCCAAAGGUGCCCUUUUAAGGAUACCAUAUAUGUGCCAGCAGGGCAUGAAGAGAACCAGUGGCUUCCCCACCGCUGCCACUCGGUCUCCCUCUGCAGAUUCAUCAAAGUCCAAACGUGCUAACCUUUUUGAAAGCCUUGUAACGCCAACCUUACUUAGUUUGGCUUUUGAGGCUCAGGAUUAAAUAAAUCAGGAAAGAACCUGGUGCAGGGGGUGGGGAGAGUCAUUGACUAGAUUGUAAACUUAGACUGUUUUCUAGGUUCUUUUUUAAAAAAAAUAAAAUUCCAACCUGUCAGGAUGUGGCAUGCUAUAACAAUGACUAUUUAGUGUAUUUACAUUUUGGCAGGCGCUGAGAGGUCUUGAACCUCUGUCUCUCCUUCCCCAGCUGCAGACAUCAGUCUGGUGAGAAUUACAUUGCCCAGAAUCUUCUUAGUUCACAAACCCUGUGAAUCAUGAAUCUUUUUGCACCUCCUACAGAGACAUUUGGGCAUUAUUAACACAUCUCCAGCUUUCUCAUUAACUUCCCGCAACCUGCUCUGGUCUUAACUAAACCACAGCAAAGUAUAAAAAACACUUUGAGGGUCAGUCCCCCCCUUACAAUUACCGUAUUUUUCGCUCUAUAGGACGCACUUUUUCCCCUCCAAAAAUGAAGGGGAAAUGUGUGUGCGUCCUAUGGAGCGAAUGCAGGCUUUCCCGGGCUUCCUGCAGCUCCGCGCCACCCUCCGGAUCCCGGCGCGAAGCCGCGCGGGGCUCCGGAGGGUGGCGCGGAGCUGCCUGCGCUCCAGGGCUUCGUGCAGCUCCGCGCCACCCUCCAGACCCCUGCGCGAAGCCGCGCGGGGCUCCGGAGGGUGGCGCGGAGCUGCCUGCGCCCCAGGGCUUCCUGCAGCUCCGCGCCACCCUCCCGAUCCCGGCGCGAAGCUGCGCGGGGCUCCGGAGGGUGGCGCUGAGCUGCCUGCGCUCCAGGGCUUCUUGCAGCUCCACGCCACCCUCCCGAUCCCGGCACGAAGCUGCGCGGGGCUCCGGAGGGUGGCGCGGAGCUGCCUGCGCUCCAGGGCUUCUUGCAGCUCCGCGCCACCCUCCAGACCCCUGCGCGGCCGCGCGGGGCUCCGGAGGGUGGCGCGGAGCUGCCUGCGCCCAGGGCUCCUGCAGCUCCGCGCCACCCUCCCGAUCCCGGCGCGAGCCGCGCGGGCUCCGGAGGGUGGCGCGGAGCUGCCUGCGCUCCAGGGCUUCCUGCAGCUCCGCGCCACCCUCCCGGUCCCGGCGCGGCCGCGCGGGGCUCCGGAGGGUGGCGCGGAGCUGCCUGCGCUCCAGGGCUUCUUGCAGCUCCGCGCCACCCUCCAGACCCCGCGCGGCUUCGCGCGGGGGGCUACGGAGGGUGGCGCGGAGCUGCCUGCGCUCCAGGGCUUCCUGCAGCUCCGCGCCACGCUCCCGAUCCCGGCGUGAAGCCGCGCGGGGCUCGGGAGGGUGGCGCGGAGCUGCCUGCAUUCCGAAGCCUGGUGCGCACUGAAGAGCGCGCCCGGGCUUCGCGCACCUCUCCACAAGCCUGGGGAGACCGGCUCGGUUCCCUAGGCUUGCGGAUAGCAGGCUGUUCUGGGGGCUGGGGUCGGGAAGCUCGGGCUUCCCCGCGCCUGCCCCGUGCCUGGGGAGGGAUUUUUUUUUUCUUUAUUCCCCCCCCCCCCAAAAAAAAUAGGUACCUUGAACGCACCUUGUUUUAGAGGGAGAGAACAAGAAAAAAAAAAUUUCCCCUGUUCUCCCCCUCCUAUGAUCCGGUGCGUCCUAUGGUCCGGUGCGUCCAAUGGUGCGAAAAAUACGGUAAUCAGCAUAUAAAUUUUAUGAAAUAAAUAAAAUAAAUAUCGUCUGGUGAUCCACCUAAAGUUUCUGCAUAAUGUAAUGGGAGACUGUAAUGUCCUGCUUUUAAAAUGUUUUUUAAAUUAAUUUUCAGAUAUAGCAGCAUACAGAGUCAGAAAGAUGAUAAUAUAAACCCCACAAACAAGAUGCAGUGUCAAUGUCCUAUUUCUGAGAGGCUUGGUGCCUGAUUGUCCUAUUUUCAGGAUCAUGUUUCUUCGAUGUGAUCCCAUUAUGCCUUUCCAGCAAGUUGUGUUUAUAAAGUGCAGCAGCCACAUAUUAAUAUUUUCUCCACCCUGCAACAGGGUCUCCAAAUAGGCCUAGCGUUCUCACCCACUGCGGGACCUGUGUCUAUCUUCUUCCACUUCAGUUUGCAGACUGGAAUGGGGGGUGGACCUCCCAUGAUUAAAUGUUCCUCCAUGCCCUCUUGCGUGUAAGAAAACAGCACUUUGGGAAGAACGCCCGGCUAGAGCCCCUUUCCUCCAACAUGCACAUUUUCUCAGUGAAGGGAGUUUUGUUGCGUGGUGGAGCAUUCAGUCGUGCGAACUUCCCCCACCUACAGUCUGAAGUGGUACAGUCCAGUCAGGCUUAUCACCUCGGGGUGAACUAGGAGGUGAGACAGAGGAGCCACACAGUCUUGUCAGGAAAACUAUUUGUGAGGAGGAGGGUAUUUUUGCUGAGCACCAUCCUGAUGUAAGAGCGGAGGCAUUGCUUGGGUAUUGGCAUCCACUGUACGGCGGCGCUUCCGAGUAUGGGGAUUCUUUGCUAGACUUCACCUCAACAGAGGGCAGGUGUGUGUUUCAAGGAACCUCUCUUGGCUUCGUUUGGGAGAGGGCCAGAAAUCUCUCUGGACUCUGGAAACUCUUACCAUGGAUAAAGGUAAAGGUAAAGGGACCCCUGACCAUUAGGUCCAGUCGUAGCCGACUCUGGGGUUGUGGCGCUCAUCUCGCUUUAUUGGCCGAGGGAGCCGGCGUACAGCUUCCGGGUCAUGUGGCCAGCAUGACUAAGCCGCUUCUGGCGAACCAGAGCAGCGCACGGAAACGCUGUUUACCUUCCUGCCGUAGCGGUACCUAUUUAUCUACUUGCACUUUGACGUGCUUUCGAACUGCUAGGUUGGCAGGAGCAGGGACCGAGCAACGGGAGCUCACCCCGUCGUGGGGAUUCAAACCGCCGACCUUCUGAUCAGCAAGUCCUAGGCUCUGUGGUAUAACCCACAGCGCCACCCACGUCCCGUCUUACCAUGGAUAGGGUUGCCAUAUUCCAAAUUUCCCUGGACAUUUCAGCUAUUUCCACCCGGACACAGUUUCUUCCAUAUUCCAGCUAUGUCCAGGAAAUUCCAGAUGUAUGGCACACACCUAACGUCGUGUGUGGAGAAGUGUUGCUCCCCACAAAAUGGCCUGGCAUGCCAUAUGGGGAGGCCUGGUGGGCCAAGUUUUGCCUGAGGGUUAGAGGCGCCAUCUUUGUAAUGGGCAGAGGAAACUAUAGAGUCUCCAUCUUUUGCCAGGUUGCUUGUGUGUCUUUUAGGAGACAGGCUUGUAAUAGACACUUUCCUGUUCACAUACUGUAGGAAUUGUGCCAAUUUUUAUCCCAAUUGUGGUUGUUGUUGUUGUUUGAAAACCCCUUUUUGGGCAGUUGAAGUAACACAUAUGGCCUCUUUAAAAAAAAAUCUUAUCUAGUAGUUUUCAUGGACUGUAUUGUGAUCCUCUUGGAAUCUCAUAAUUCUGCAAGCAUACUUUGCAAACACUGGAUUUGGGAGCAGGUGGAAAAUUUAGUGCCUUCUUUUGGUUAAUUGUGUUUCUCGUCCUUCCUGUUGCAAUGAUAAGCCCAAAAUUGUAGGGGUAGCAAGUGAUGAAAUCUCAAACCCAGAGGGUAUUUCUGAUCACCAGGGAGUAAGGUUUCAAUUCCCUGCAUACCCCCAUUUUUUUUACACCCCCCCCCAUGAAUAUCAAAACUAAUUUUAAAUUAAUCAAGUUCUGCUGUUUUGCUGACUGUUCGUAUUUUUUACAGGUCAUAUAAUUUUAGCUGUUCUUUGUGAGACGCUAGCACUUCUUCCCACGCCACCUAAACUGCGUAGUGACCUUUGGCUGCAUUGAUGCUCUGACCUGGGAAGGAACCCUGAGUCACUUUGCCCAGUUCUGAUAAGGAAGCGGCAGGUGAAGCGGCAGGUGGCUAAAUGAGGGAAGGAGGGUUAGGAGGAACCCUGGCACUGGAAUUUUUUCAUUAUUAUUAUUGCUGAUCAUUUGAAAAUCCAUCUCUUGUCUGAAUCACGUAAAAAACUGGUGACAAGGUGAAAAUUUGCCCAUGAACCUGGUGCUACAAUUGCCACCUGCCCUUGUGAGUCUCUUGCAGGGCAGGAACCAACCUACAAAGAGUCUUGUGGCACAUGAAAGGCUGGCAGAUUUAUUGCAACAAGAUCUUUGGCAGUAGCUAGGCUGGUUGAGAUGCCAAUGAUUAGUCUCAAUUGCAGUCUAAUGCAGAUUGGGCAAAAGCUUCCAAGGUUAGCUGUACCUGCACUCAGCGAUAUUUCUAGGCUUUACUCACCUCGUGUGACGAAAUCUCAUUUGCAUCAAUUGAUUGACAUGCUUGUAUGGUAUCCAUUUUCAGUGUAUUUUUUUUUAUUUAUAAUCCUAAUUUGUUUGAUAAUUCCCAAUCCCUGUGUACUGUAUAGUGCUUCCUGUGCAUAGCAGUGUUUCGAUUAAUUUCUUGGAUAAAUUGAUUUAAAAUCAUUUGAUUGACUGAAGAGGUGCAGCAGCUAUGCAAAACUGAAGUUGUUAGGCGCUAUGCUAGAAAUUAGUUGGAAGGUGAUUGUUGGCCUCAUUGCUGAGCAGUGAUUUGAACCUAGAUCUCCCAUCUCUGAGGAGAGCAGGCGUAGUUGUAUGUCCUGGGGUCAAUGGGAAUUGGGAGUCCAACAACCUCUGGAUGGUCACAGGUUACCCAUCCCUGCUCUUAAACCUUCUGGUCCCUUUGUAGCAGCUGCUCUCCUGCUCAAAAGCAGUCAUGCCGAAGUCAGGUGGAAAAGACAGGUCCCCCUGGCUUGAGGCACUUACCAUCUGCCUGCAAUUGUGAGGAGUGGCAUUAUAGAAUUGUAGACUUGGAAGGGAUCCUGAGGAUCAUCUAGUCCAACCCUCUGCAGUGCAGGAAUAUGCAACUGCCCCACGCAGGGACCGAACCUGCAACCUUGGCAUUAUCAACACCACACUCUAACCAACUGAGCUAUGCAGGCUGUCUCCAUUUACACCUUGAGAGCCUCGUGGUACAAUAAGGCUAAACACUGGGCUUUGUUUUCCCUUCCAGACUAUAAGUGGGCUCAGUGCCUGGAAAAGAGAAAGAAAAUGUUCCAUGCUAAUGUCUGCCAAGGCUAUCUACCUUUUCACUUUAAAGACCCAGUAGCUGUUUGACAUGGUCAACUAGGCAGGGCUGACCAGCCUGCUGAGGAGCUCUGAGGAAGCUGGACCAAAACCUCACAGCUAAGGCAGCAUGCAGUCUUUGUGUUGAGUCUUAACUUGGCUUGUGGUUAACCAUCUAAAUGAACUGGGGAUUCAACAAGUGAAAUUUGGAUCCUCAUCUCCAUUGGUGUUUGAGUCAUCUGUGCAAUCAACUCUCGGGUGUUCUGUAUGUGCUCCACCACUUGAUCAAGGUAGUCCAGAAUCCGGAAGAUGAGCUUGCUCUGUGAAAUUAGAAGGCAGAAUGAGAGCUUUGCCUAAAGCAAGGCAGGCAACCAGACUACUGACUAAUUGCAAUCUUGGUCAAACGGUUGGGUGGUUAACCUAGUGCACUGCUCAAUUCCCGUGCUGCUGCAAAGCUGCCAGAGUAAGUCUAGGGCUGGUAAAUUCCCCUAGAGGCUUGCCAAAGUCUUUGCCUGUGCAUUUUCCCAUAAACAUAGAUCAAUACCAUCUUGGCUGGGCUGGCCUUUAAUGUGUGGUGCUAAGCAGGCUAGGGGUACAUCUUUAAUUGUAGUAUUUUCAAACAAGUUUCGUUGAGUCUAAAAUCCCAAAUUAUGCAAUUUAACAAGUGGAAUUUUGCAUACUCCGACACUGGAAGAAAUUUAGCCUGGUGGGUAAGUCUGCCCUAUUGUAUUUUUUUUUUUUUAAAUUAUUUGUUUUACAAAUACAAAAUAUAUAUGAACAAAAACUGUAAAAACAAAUCUGCAUAAAGAGAUUCUCAGAAUCUCGAGACUUCCCCCCUUCCCCUCCAUAGGGUCCCAUUUUAAACAUCUAAAACUGCAUAUUCAUCCAUACUCCAAUUUUUAUAUCAAACCAUAUUAUCCAUAAUAAUUUUUAUGCUACAAAUCCUGCUCUUGUUUCCAUCUGCUUACAGUGGUCUCCUAAAUAACUUAUAAAAUUUUCCCAUUCUUUUAUAAAGUUUUUAUCCUCUUGGUUUCUGAGUUUUCCAGUCAGUUUUGCCAUCUCAGCAUAAUCCAUCAGCUUGGUUUGCUAUUCUUCUCUGGUAGAGACUUUGUCUUCUUUCCAGUUCUGAGCUAAUAGCAUCCAGGCGGCCGUUGUUCCAUACAUGAAUAGUCUUUUCUGCCCCUUUGGUAUAGCGGUACCUGUAAUUCCUAAUAAAAAUGUUUCUGGUUUCCCCUAUUGUAAAUUUUACUCAGGAGAUGGGGAACAACAAGAACAUGCUCAGGUUGCAACCCUUUGGGGCAAUAUCUGAGGUCUCCGUGCCUCUGAAUGGCCCAUCACUCACCAGAUCUCUCUACUACUUGCUGCUCCUUUCACUCACUCACCAUCACAGCUGUCGCCAUUACCAAUCACUCAUACACUGACGUUGAUGCUGAGGGGCCACUCCUGCUUGCUCACCUGCCCACUUCCUCUGUGCAGUGGCUCUGCUGAGUCCCCACCACUGCCCUGAAAGAGAGGGCAGGAGAGUGAGCAAGGAGCAGCAAACAGUUUCUGUUGUUCCUCCUCACCAGGUACACUUGCUUGCCCAGCAGCUCCUAAAGUGAGUGGGCUGGUGGCAGCAACAAAGGGGAAUUACUCCCGUCACAAGGAGGAGUAAUGGUCAUCCGUUGCCAGGGACCACCGUGUCUGAAGCCCCGCCCCAAUACACACACACACACACACACACACACACACACGAGGCAGCACUGCCUGAAUUUCUAAUUUUGUUCCUUUGAAUAAAUUUGGAGGCCCGGCAAUGUGUCGUUUCAAACAGUGCACUUUCACAUCUCCUGUCAAGUACAUAUAACCAUAAAUACAAGAGGUCCAGGGUAACAGCUGUGGAAAAACUGGUUCAGACUUAAGCUCUGCUAAUUGUUUUGGUUUAGCUCCGCCUAGGGAUCUUGUCAAAUCUGGAUGUUUUGCUGGCUCUUGAUUUCACCUAACGUGGGAAGACGGAUAGGCAAAAAAUGAAACAAAUCAAAGGGAUAUUUAGCCAAGUCAUGGGGGUCUCCUCUCCUUUGCUACAGAUAAUGACAUGGACCUGGGAACUCUCCAAAACAACAUCAACAACACUUUGGACAACGUUUACGAGGAUGGCCUGGAAUCGGACCACAGUAGGCCCCUUUCAAACAGCAAUCCUCUCUGCAACGGUGAACAGGCCAGUCUUCUGACCGGAGGCGAUGUUGUCAAGCGCUCUCAGCCUCUGCUCAUCCAAGCCAAUAGGUACGUGGAGAUGGAGCCAGGAAUUGUGGGAAACUCCAACCAUCGCCCCCAGUGAUUAUUUUGUGUUUAAAAAUGAGAAGGAGUUCUGAGCUGAUUUCUUUUUAUCUCUGGACAUGCGCAGAGUGCAUGGCUCAUUCUGAGCUGACGCUCAGCCCUGGAACAAGACAAAUACAGGUGUAAGGGUCUCUGGGCAUGAACUGAGUUGAUUUCCCUCAUUACUGAGGAGUCACAGUCUGCCUGUCUAGGAGUAGGAGACACAAGUUUCCAGGAGUCCUUGAAACCUGGCCUUCCUCUUUUAAGAAACUGACUGUGCUCCGAGGCACAGUUCCCACCUCAGUCAGGAGCAGGGAAAGAAGUCGUGCAGAUAACCAGCAUGCCGUUUUCUUUGCAAAGCAAGACUACAAAACAAGAAGAUGGAUUACUGAUUUCAUUCACGGUGAAAUUCAUUAGUUGUGUGUGAUCACAGUGGAAGCGGGGGAUCACUGCUUCCAGACAAAGUGUGAGCUUCCUCCUGUGAUAUGAUAGGAAAGAGGGGCUUGAAUAGGCUUGCAGUGGACAAGCAGCUUAAUAGGAUGAAUCUAGGUCAGACAUUCUGUCCCAGAAAUUUGAAGCCCUGAGCAAAAUCCAGAGUCAGUUUGGUGGCUUCUCCUCGGGGGAAGCAUUGAGGAAUUCUGAGAGAAGCCAAGAGGGUUUCGAUAAGAAUUACUUGUGUGUGUAUUUGAGCAGCAUUGAAAGUAGGAAGACUCUCUUAUCCUCAGUCUGAAGGAACCCAUCAUCAUUUCAUCUCUGAAGCUGAAAGCUGGGCUUAACUAGUUCCUGGAAGCAAGACCACUUGGGAUCACACAAAAGCCACUCUGAGCAGCUUCUCUAAGAUGGCUGCUCGGCCGCUGCGAGAAUUGGAUGCCGAGAUGGGCAUUACUCUGAUUCAGCAGCCUCUCCUUAUGUACCUCCCAAGCCUUGUCUCACAGAGGAUACCUCCACAGCACUGUUGACAUGCAGUCUUUCAUGCUCCAUCACAGCUGUGCACGCAUAAAAAGUCUGGCGUGCUGUGCCAGACAGAUUUCGGACUAACUGCCUGUAUGUGGUAUGCACUGGCAGGAAAAGGCAACGUGCAUUGGAGUUAAUCAUUAGCUUCCUUCCCUGCUCGCGGGGCCAGUGCCAUGGUGAGAUGGCACAGCAAGAUUGCUGAGUUGAGUGACUUUUCUGAGGCUGGCUCAGGCCCUUUGCCCAGCAAAUGCAGUGCUUAGUGCCAGAGGCUGGUGAGGGUGGGGACUGAAUCUGACACACUGAAUUGAAAUAUCCAGCUGUAUCAUUGGCUGCGGGUUGGGAACGCGUUAAAAAGGUGCCAAAAAAUGGGGUAGUGAGUGCACAGUUCAGCUUCAUGAGAAGGUUAGCUUUCUUGUUUAAAAAGCAGGUUUCUAAGUAUCUGUAGAAUGCCUUAUGAAAUCUCAGAAAGGUGGCCGAAUAAGAUCUCAAGUGGCUGUGGGCGAGAGGAGACAUAGCUCAUUAUCCGAUGGGCUAAUGCAGCCCAUUAUCAGCAGAACCAGAAUACAAUUUGUGCAAAAUAUUCAGCACAACCAGAAUACAAUUUGUGCAAAAUAAAGAGCAGUCGUGCAAAUUCGGUGGAUUUGUUUUAGUUUAUUCAGGAUUUGGAUUGCCUAGAUGCUGAAUUUGAAUAUCUGUAGAUCUAGCCCUGGCCCUAGAUCUCUAAAGUACAUAAGGGUUUCAGACUUUCUCAUGAACAAAUAGGCUUUACUCACUAACCCAGAAAUCUCGCUCUUUCCCCUUUAUGAGGAUACGGCACUUCAGGCCUGCGUGAUAAUCCUUCUGAUGUGCUUCUUUUUCCUUUAGAAAGCUGAAAGAGGAGGAGGAGCAGCAGCGUGCCUUAUCUUUGCCCUCCAUCCCAAACCCUUUCCCAGAACUCUGCAGCCCCUCCAACUCACCCAUCCUCAGCAACUCCUCCUUGGGUCCAGGCUCACCACGAGAAGGAGGUUCUCAUGUAAGUGUGCCUCUUUACCUUUCGGGAUGGAGGGCGAUCAGAACAGGGCUUCAUUUUUGUCAGGGAACUGCCAUCAGUGCCGGAGGGAGAGAGCAAAAGCCAGAGGGAUUCCAGAGAGCGUCCCAGGAUUGGGAGAGGCAGCCCAUCUUCUGGGGAAGAGAAUCAGCGUAGCACCAGUGGAGAAGGGGGGCAGAUGGGGGAAGCGGCGAGGCGGUCCCAUGACUCCUUGCCGGGGACCAGCGGGGAGAGUAGAGGUCCUCCGCUGCCUACGCCCUCCUUGCGCAGAAGGCUUUCGCGCAGAGAGAGUAGGAGGAGACUAGGCGUCAAAGAGCUUCUUUGCUGGAAGACGUUUAAGAAACGCCCACUGACGGAUUCUGCCAGCGAUUGAGACAGCCACGGGUGAGUGGCUGUCCGGACAGAAAAGGUUCACUCAGGCAACACAGCCAGGUGUUUGCACCGGCUUACGCACCAGCAACCCCUAGAACCACUACAAUUUUGAAACAGGGUUUGCUAAGGCAUGGUAUAGAAGUUCUCUCUUUUGGUGGUGGUGGGGCGCUUGCACAGCCAGCUAGCUACAUGUGAAAUCAAUGAGAGGGCCCCUGAGAAUGUGCAGAGGAUGUUUUCCUUUCCACAGUGAGACGGCAAACAUCUUAGAUGAAGGGCAGGGGCUUGUGGUUUUACAGAGGCUGUGCAAGGUUUGCCCAGAGAUACGUUGUGCCCCCAUCUCCUCCCCACCAUGGGGUUCCUUUCAAUACACAGACUUGAGUACAAAAACAGUACAAAACCCAACCUAAAAAUGAAGAGAGUUAAUGGUGACUGAAAGAGUUGAAGAACCCGUUGCCAUUGUCUCUUGCUCCAAUCCAUUAGGGUAGGGCUCAGCCAGGCAAGGUUAACUACUUGCACCCCAUCCCACAAAAUCGCUAACUUCAGUUUUCAAAAGCACAUGUUUUGUAGAAAAACAAACAAACUGCACAUAACUCGAAACUGGCAAAGUUGUUUCGAAUUGCAAGAAUCAGCAAUAUGACAAUCUUUGAUUAACUUUCUCAAAUGCAAAAGUAAAUGUUUUCACACACAAAUCAUUUUGAACAAUCUGUAUAAAACUGUUCCCCUCAAAGGUCAGUACUGUGCCGCUCCAAGGUCUGUGCCCUUGCCAGCUGCCUAAGUUGGCCUAAUGAUAACUCUGACCCUGAACUGCGCUGGAAAACAUUCAGUAGGGUAUAAGAGUUGUUGUUGUCGCUCCCCCACUCACCCCAUUUCCUCAAUUGCACCCCCUUCUCUUCAUUUCCAUUUAUUGCAAGCCUAGGCUGUGUGUAUGUAGGUUCAGGGCCUCCCUCUCGGCCUUGUUGAUGUGGUGCAAAGGAAAGCAAAGCAAUACAUUUGGCACCAGCUUGGCUGUAGGAGUUGCCGGGAGGAGGCAUACAAGACACCAUCCAACCACCUUAGGGACUCCAGAUUUGUGUAGCCUUUUCUUCUCCCGAAUAUAUCCCACAAGGCCAUGGGUACUGAUUUUUCCUCUCCAGAGAAAAGGAGUCGCAAUGGAGGAAACACAACCUUUCCUUCCCAUUCUUAACACAACCAGAUUCUGUGGUAGGGGCAGCCAAAUUAAUUCUUGCUUUGGGUAGCAAUCCUGUGCGAGCUGGCCUUGCAUUAGGCUUUUCAGCCUCUUCUAAGAGCUGAGAAUCAAACACUUGUCUGGUGUGAUCUGCUGCUUUCCCCCAAACUAUGGACAAGAAGAGCCAGAAAGUAAGAGUUAGAAAUGAGGACUUGUGAGCUAACUGAGCACGAUGGGGCAAGGCUGGUUCCCAUGGGGACUGUUGCCAAGGUUUCAGGUUUUGUUUGGCUAGCCUCUGGGCCUCCUCCGGGAGCCUGUAAUUAUGGGACAGGAGGUCUCCAGCUGCCUGGGAAGUUUUUCAAUCCACCUGAUGCCUCUUGCAGUUUAUAUCAAAGGCCAACAGAGGUGCUUUUCACCUUCACCCAACAGUGAGGAAAACAUGGAUGUUCAUUUUUGUGCACUGUAUACAAAGGAGCUGAUAGGAGACUAGAGAGCAAGACAAACAGACAAACUGCUUCAGUGUUAUCUCGCGGCUUUCCUGCGCUUGAUGCAUUUUCUUUAAAAAGAAUCAAUUUAUGUAUUUAUGCGAUUUAAUAUCCUGCCCUCCAGCUCAGACUUGGGCUCUUACGACGGCUCAUGAUAAAGAACAACAAAAGAAUAAUAAUAAAACCAUGAAAUUGCAGUAGAGCAAGAGAAGGCUUAAAAGAGCAGCAGCAAUUUAUCAGUGGACACCAAUAGAAGAUAAUAGCUGUAUAUCUAUACCCACUUCCUUCAGAGCAAACCCCUUUGUACCAGGGUGAGAGAGCCAGGAUGGUGUAGCAAUUAGUGCAUUGGGCUAGGACCUGCGAGUCUAGGGUUCAAAUCCACGCUCAGCCAGGAAGCUCGCUGGGUAACUUUGGGCCCUUCACGUUCUCUCAAUCUAACCUAUUUUACACAGUUGUUGUGAGGAUAAAAUUGAGCAGGACCAAAUUAAUAACUUUAAAAAAGUUAUUAACUUCCUAUUGGAUGAAUUGCGAAAGGCACAAAGGACCGUUGCAACCUUGCCAUCUUCAGAGGAGCCAUAAGAGUGAUUACCAGCCUUUUCUCUGAAGAGCUCUCAUCCAUCCUUCUAUUUGGAGGCUCUCAGAAUCUUUGCCAGUUUCCAGAUUUACUGGCAGCCCAGCCUGAGAUUACCGUUAAAGUGGAGAUUGACAACAAACACUCCCUUGCCUUUCAUCUGAAGACGGGGUGCCUACUGUUCAUGGUGGGGCCUCCUAAUCCUUCCCCUGGGAUCCCAGCCAGGGUGCUGGUCAGGGAGCGGCGGGAGAGCAUAGGUGUUUAAAGACCAAUUACUUUCCCACAGUCUUCCCCAAGCAGGUCCGUUUUCCCCCUCCGCCAUCUCAAAAGUGGCGUGCGUCAAGAUACGAAGAGCUGCCAUAAGAUUUAACACUGUGUAAUUUUUUAAAACAGAGGUGCCCAGAUGCAUAGUGAACAAGCAGCUUUCCAAAAUACAUAGUAAAUUUCAAACCCAAUCACUCUUGUCUCAUCUCAGCCUGUGGAAAUUCCUCCAGAACAUUGAAGCAGCGUAGCUUGAGCCAGCAUAGAUGGUAAAUUAAUCCAAAAUCCAGCUUAGCUCCUCCUUUCCCGUGUUCCUCCUGUACAUGAUUGAUGGCUUUCAGUUGCAAGUUUCCAUUCCAAUGUAGCAGCCAGGUCAGUCUGGCCUUGGGCUAUCUCCUUUUUCUGGAAAGAAAGCAACUGACCCUCGGGGACGUGCUGCCCUAACAGAUGAUAGGUCCUAUUAGAAGUGUCUGGGUUGCGGAGUCCUUCCUUAAAUGGAGCCCUUGGCCCAUGCACUCGCAUUGUUGGCAUGCCGGCAUAGCGACUUCAACCCGGCCACAAAUCCCUCUUGCGCUAGCCACUGUGUCAUGAGCAAGGUCCUGCUGCAUGGGUGAUGCUUACACAUGUUGGCUGAACCUUUAAGUCAGGCACUCACAAAUGUUAUUUGUCUACUGGGAUAUUGCAGGGGCAUGAAAGUAGCACACGUACUCUCCUCAAGUAGCCUCUCCCAGUCCCCAAAAUAUCAGGAUGGCUGCAGCUAUUGUCACAGCAAUGCAUCAGCCCCGACAGGUGGGAAGAGGACCUGUAUUGAUUGAAAAAAAUAAAGUCCUUUUCAUGGCCCGGGGAGGCUGGUUGAAACAAGGGAGGAAAGAGCCAAGUGGUGACUUGUAAACCCUUCCACUCUGGCUUAGGUCAGGGGCAGGGGACCUUUUUCAGCUCAAGGGCUUAGGGAAUGUGGCCUUGCGAGAGCCCCAAAAGUGAGAUAAAGAGGCUUAGGGGGCUGCUUUUGGUCCCUAAGCCCAUAUCCCUCAAUCGUCCCGCCACAACAUCCUGGAAUUGCAGAAGCCACUCCUGCCUCUGAUUGGAUCCCGGAAUCUCCCAUUUUGGCAGGCCUGAGUGUUAGCAAUUCACUCCUCCCGUUGCUGAUAUGUGGCUGGAUAGUCACAUGUCACAGUUUACUUUCAUGAGCUGGGAAAGUCUGAAGACGAAAGUUAUGUCUUAUCUCUUCCGUUAUGUUGUGCUGUUGUACUUGUUUCUUUCUCUCUCUGUCUGCUGCUGAAGAAGAGGAGAGCAGACGCCAUUAUGAUCUGUCCUGUAAAUAUUGCUUAAUAAAUCCUUAGGAUGCUCACAUUCACGCUUCCAUUUUUUUUUUUUUUUUAUAAUUGAUAUUUAUUGAAUUUUCAAAAAAUAACAACAAAAAUUUCCAAAAAAAAAAAAAUUAGGAUACAAAAAACAAAAACAGUGCAUAAACAAAAAAGAAAAGAAAACCCAGCUGCAAAGAAAGAGAAAAAAAGAGAGAGACAGAAAAACAAAAAUACAAAGUCCUUUACAAUCUCUAUUGACUUCCUUUCUAGACUUCCUCCUCCUCCCCUCUUUUGUUUCUUAAUUUUUAAUUUUUACAGCAAAUCCUUUCUGUUUUUUCAUAACAAUCUGUCAUUACGUUUCCUUAUUCUAUUUUCCCUCUUGUCAUAUAAAAACUUUAAAACUCAUAGCUUAUAUUCAAUAUUUACCAAAUUCUUGCAUCAUUACCUUUUACGAAUCAUUUACCAAUCCUUACUUAAGCCAUGUAAUUUCAUUCAACAUCCUUCAAACAUUUGUAAGCAUUCCCAAUAUUAAAAAAUAAAAAAGAAAAAUUAAUAAGUCAAAUUCAGUCCAGUCAGCUUCCAACCUCCCCUCCCCUGGACCCGGGAUUGUCAGUCCUUUUAACCUCCCUUAACCUGGUUGUCUCGUAUCCGAGGCCCUCAAGUCUCUUUCUUGCCCCUUUCGCCACUCUUGUUGAUGAUUCCUUUCCAGUCGUGGAUGCUCCAGCAAGAAAAUGCUUUUGACCCUUUGCAGCAAGUCCAUCCCAAACCCAUUGCCCAAGCCAGACAGCAAAUAAUACCACUUCAAAUUUCCACAAAGCUUGGAGACUUUGGCUACUCCAAUCCUCUGAUAGCCCAUCACCAGACUCGGAAGGUCCAAAUAACCAUAUGGAGGGGGGUCGAUCCAUCCCCCCAUUUCCAAAUCUGACCACAUUUCAUCUUUCCGAAUCUGGUUUGUCCCAAGUUCAUUUAUCAAGUUCAAAGGCUGAUCUUGCCCGUCCAUAGGUCCCUCCAUCUCUGAAGCCUCCAUCACUACAGCAGGUUCAUAUGCUUGUAUAGCCUUUAACUGAAUUUCAUUUGUUUGCUGCUGUGCUCUGGUAACUUCCAUCCUCAAGGUCGUCUCCUGACGCAUCUGGUCCAGCUGGGCACUUAGUUUUGAAAAACCUUCCAGGAACAAUUGUUCAAGCCUUUGUACUAGCAUUGUCCUUCAAGGUCAAAGAAAAUUCUUUCCCACGAGAGUAGUCCAAUAGUCCUUCUCUUUUAAUCUCUCUGCGUUGCAAUUUCACUAAAUUCCACUAGAUGGAAUUUUUUUUUUUUUAUAUGUAUAAAAAGAAUAAAAGCAACAGCAACAAUCUUUCUUUUUCCAGAAACACUUUAUCCAAAAUUCCCCCUUCCAAAUUCAAGAGGCAACAGUAGAAUCAAAAUGUUACCCUUCUUUUAACUAACUGUCGAGCUGGAUAAACUUCAGAACGUCAAUUCUGACAGCCCGCUCCUGGUUCAGGGCGGUGGAAAAUUGCUUUAUUUUAAACUCACUUCCGCAGGAUUGAAAAGUCCAAAUACAACCCCUUUUUCUCCUGCUGUCAAAGGGGGUUCAGAAAUCUUAGAUGUUGAAUUCUAGUUCUCUUAAAAUUUAAUUUUCAGGCUUUAGUAUAUUUUGUCUUUGCUUUCUUCACAUAACAAAAGAACGGAAGGCGACUUCCUGUUUAGACCUUCCCAUUCCGAGACCCAAUUAAGUUCAAUUUCAAGUCCAAUAUUAUUUGUUUAUUCACCAGUCUUAAAAGUGGUUCAGCUCUUCCAAGAUCAGGUACUCACGGAUAGAUGUUUUAGAUGCCAAAUUGUCCAGGAAAAAGGCAGCGCUCUCCGAUAACGGCAGUGCGGCUUUGCUGCACGGAGGAAGCAGACGACUCACAGCACCACGCACCUCCCACUCCGGAGCCCGUUACCGGGCUCCUGGCGAAGGGGAGAGCGCUCUCGGUGCCCGCCGAGUCCCACGUCCACAGGCUUCGUCCGCCUGUGGUUUUUGCGGGUCCCCGCUGCGCCGUAGCGGCAGGACCCAAGCCUCCGUGCAGCGGGUUCCCUUCAGUCCGAAGGGAAUUCCGCCAUUUUCCGGAGGCGCCACCCCGGAAGCCACACAUUCACGCUUCCAGUUGCCACUGCUAACUCUGCUGAUUAAUAGCAUGCACAGGUCAUCCGACCUGUGUCGCUGAGCACACCAGAAUGAAGAUUGAUGUCCAUUCUGGGGGAGCGCAACACCAGAGGAUGCCCGGAGAGGAUUGUCUCAUACCAGGGCAGUGGGGCCCCCCAGGGCGUAUUCGGACACUGAGGUUCUGCACUCCUGAAUUAGAUGGAGGCAAAAAGAGGACCCAGUUUCUAUACCUCUGAACAGAAUCUAGACCUAAAUGAAUAUUCAUGUAGCCCCGGGCCUUUCGUUAGGAGCCAGCAAAAGCACCAGAUUUCAUUUAAAAACAAAGUUGGCUAUUCCAUUAUUUGCCACCUUCCCCAUGAAACGAGCUUAGAAAAAGGAAGAGGCGAAUUCUGCAACAACUAGAACAGAAGGUUUGGGGCAUCUUAAAAGCUUAACAGGUUGAUUGUGGUGGAAUGGAGUCAGCUUCAUCAGGUGCAUGUAGGGUUGCCCUGCGUUGGCAGGUGUGUCUGUGUCUAUACACACACAGGUAUAGAGGAAAGACAUCGUAAACAGUGAGUCAAAUGUGAAACGGCCAAGAAAUGCAAUAAGUACAGUUUGUGCCCACUCUAAAACAAACAACAAACCCUGCUGUGAUUCAGAGAGAUGUCUAGCCAUGUAACUCCUCUGCCCCAGAAGGUCUGGGGAAUCAAUUGUUGCCUAAUAAUAGAAGAGGAGGCUUAUUUUGAAUAGCACGUAUUUAUGAAGCAAUAGUAAUGGAGAAAAUGUAUUUAAGAUGUGCAGAGUGCAUUUUCCCUUCACCAUUAGAUAACCAUGCCUGGAAUAGAGAGUUGGGCUGUAUUUCAAUAGACAGGAUGUGGCACAGCUCCGAUAACUCUCAUUUAAUAAAUGUAGCACAGAGCCCUGUGAUCUUGUCACACGCCACCCCAAUCUCUGAGUGGGGGUUUCAGGCACUUCCCCGGGGUUCGUGCUUCCUUCAGAAUGAGGCACAGCAGAGACUGUGGUGUCUUUAGGAUAUAUGGUUUAUUUACACACUCAUAUAUACAACCUGAGCCUACCAUGGAGGGGUUCACGGCAUUAACACCCCAAAAGGGUAUUGUUUCUCCCAUAGCCACAGGCUUGGAUUCAGACUGUUUUUUUAUCUCUUGCUUUCCAGCUUGCUGCUUUGCUUCUAUCUCUCAACACUGCAACUCUCUGCUCUCAAUGCUGGCUUUUUCCUUCUAACUGCCUGGAGUUGAAGGAGGCGUCCCCUGCCCAUUUGCCAUCUCCCACAGAGCCCCUUCCUGUGUUCUCCUUAAUGGCCCGUCACCCAGGCUAUCACCUGCCUAGGAGGCUGACUUGGCUAUUCCAAGAAUGGGAAGCCUUGGUUUACUUUUAACACAUGCUGGAUCCAGACUCACAACAAUAUGAUUGUUGUCUUACUUGAGCAAUUGGUUUGCUCCCUCUUGUGGAAUAGUUGGGUUAAGGAGAGAUAAUCUCCAGCUGACUAAGAAAGUAAGAUCAUUGCUGUCAAAGGAGGUCAGUAUCCUGUUUCCAACAGUAGCCAAAAGCAGGUGCUUCAGGAGUUCCCGGUUCCCCACUCCUACUCUACAGCAUGCAAGGGUUCUGUGGCAAAUAUUUGUGAGCACAAAAUUCUUUUAAUAGCUCUCCCCAAUUCACUCCUUCCCCACCCCCCACAAACCUCACCAUGUCUGUGACAGCAGUGUCUCAUACUGAAUGUACCUGGCUUAUAGAAAUGACUCUAGGAACUGAGAACAGAGAUAUUGCAUGUACUCUUGCCGUCUGUGAAAAUCCAUCCACUAAGGGUGUGCUUAACAACUAUUUAAAUAAUUUAUCUUUUAAUGGUUGUUAAGCAACUUCCUGGAUCAGACCAGGGGUCCAUCUAGGCCAGCAUCCUGCUUCCAACAGCAACCAGCCAGAGGUGCCCAGGAUGUCCACAAGCAGGACAUGAAAGCAAGGCAGUCUCCCUUUGCUAUUUGUCUAUCAAGGAUAAUGGCCCUUGCUAGACCUGUCCUAAGCCGUGUAAGCCACUGGCCAUCCCCGGGGGAUAUGCUCAUAGGUCUGAACCAUCCUUCAGCAUUUUUGCUUCUCUCCCUCCCCUCUUAACCUCUGCUCGCUUUCUCCCAGUGUGGUGUAGUGGUUAAGAGUGGUAGUCUUGUAAUCUGGUGAACCGGGUUCACGUCUCCGCUCCUCCACAUGCAGCUGCUGGGUGACCUUGGGCCAGUCACACUUCUCUGAAGUUCUCACUCACCUCACAAAGUGUUUGUUGUGGGGGAGGAAAGGAAAGGAGAAUGUUAGCCACUUUGAGGCUCCUUAGGGUAGUGAUAAAGCGGGAUAUCAAAUCCAAACUCUUCUUCUUCCCCACCCCACAGGUAGUGAAGGUCUACAGUGAAGAUGGCACUUGCCGCUCGCUGGAGGUCACAGCAGGGGCCACGGCUCGUCACGUCUGUGAGAUGCUCGUCCAGAAGACUCACGCUUUGCAUGAUGAGUGCUGGUCCCUAGUGGAGGUCUAUCAGCACUUGGCUCUAGGUAAGGAACGGAGGGGUCUCCUUAAAGCCAGGAUUGAGAGGGCCAGGCUGCCUAUGUUUGUGUGCAUAAACAUGUGCUCUCUCACACACAUUUAUUAUUAGAGGGCAUUAUGACAGAGUUAGGAUCAGGGAUGUGGAAGAAUCAGCGGCAAUGGGAAGAGAAAUUGUCCAUGUUUGUUUAUUCGUCCCAUGCCCAGAACGGAAAUGAAUCCAAGAAAUGCUAUCAGUAUUAGUGGUUGUUGUUUUGAGUCCAGAAACAAUGCAUAAUUGUAUGUGAUUGAUGGUAUUCCCCUUUCUGGUUUGCAUUGUGUUUACUUUGCAAUAGUGUAAUAAUAACUGCAAAACAUUUCACCACAGUGGUCAGUGAGAAAGGGCAAUGAAGUUUUUUUUAUCAGAAGGUGAACUGCAGCAGAACAGAAACAAACUGCUUGUGAUGAAUACGGGGUGGAACGGACACACUUUCUUUUUCUGUGUGCAAGGAAUGUUAUAUUAACUAGCAUGCUUCAUACCCUUUACUAAGCUGUUCUCCAUAUUGGUUGAGCAUGGAAUAGAAAUGAGCUGCUAAAGAGGUUCUUAAACCCAAAUUGCAUUUUUUGUUUCAAUCUCUCUCUGCUCUUAUUUUGCCAGAGCGAUGCCUGGAAGAUCAUGAGUCGGUGGUGGAGGUUCAGGCCACGUGGCCUGUUGGGGGUGACAGCAGGUUUGUCUUCCGGAAGAACUACGCCAAGUAUGAGCUGUUCAAGAGCUCGCCAGUAAGUGUAAUGGACCAUAAAGCCAGGAGGGGAGGCAAUUCUUUCCUCCCAGCAUUAAAUGGAAGCUUCCUGAUCCUCUGCUUUAAAAAAAAACACACCACCCUAAUUCCACAUCUGUUAGCUUGUAUGAAAGGAAAUUGUAGCACCUGCCAGUUUUGAUUAGUAAACGUUUUGUGUUUCACUUUAGAACCCUAAACUCAGUUUCUGCAAAACCUUUAGGUUUUACUACAUUAUUAUUAUUUAUUGAAUUUAUAUACCGCCCUAUACCUGGGGGUUCACAGAAUAAAAUCAAGAUAUAAAAACCACAAAAUACAUCAUAAAAGUAAAAACAACAACCCAAUAGCCCCCCUCCCCCAAAAACACAAAAAAACAUUUCUGCAUUACUUGAAUUUAUAUCACUGGUUGUAAGGUACAACAGAAACCUUUUUUUAUUUUAGUUUUCAAAUAUGAAACAAAUCUUAUUAUACCAAGUGAUAAUGUAAAAAGUACACGACAUUUUAUAUUUUGGGAUGUUCUGCUUCAAAACUACAAAAAUAGUGUUUCUAUAUAUUCGGCCAAACAAACUCAGAAACUCUAUUCAGACCUUCCUACAUUGCUGAAGAAGCACAGGGACAUGUGCUUCAACCUCCCCACCUUAUUUAUUUUUUUGUAACAAAGUUUUUCAUUUUCAUCUUUUCAACAGUUUGGUUGCGUCAAGAUAUAUCUGUUUACAUUAGAGCACACGACAUCAACAGUUAUGUAAAAAUAAAAAUAAAACAACUAUAAACACUCAAAUAAAAGUUUCAGAAUAUAUUAACUACGUUGUGUCAAAGUGUGUAUCCCAAAAUGAAAUGCAGCCACGAAAUGAUGUAUAGUGACGUGUAUUGCUUAGAUUGGUGGCCAUCAAUAACCAUUAGAAAUUAUAUAACUUUAUAGGGAGGGAGGAGGGAGAGGACAGCAACUUUUUACUUCCUACUUACCCUCCCUUUAGGAUCUUAGGCCAGGGAGCAUGUCAUUUGGAUACUGAAUCUUUAUCUGUGUUAUAUUAGGUGUUCUAGACUUAUCAGCAUUAUAGAAUGGGUGCAAGAAAAUUUUAAAGAGAGGGAGAGAAACAACUUGAAGCAAAAAUAGAGCACGUCUUGGCAGUUUCUCUCUCUCUCUCUGCAGUUAUGAGGAUAAUAAACUUCUCCUUAUUUUUACCUUUAAAAAAAUAGCAUUGAGAGCAUUCCCCCUCUUUUGGCACUAGAAACACCAAUACGUGACAGCUUACUAUCCGAAUGGUCUCUGUGUAGUUUUGGAAGGCUCACCCCUUUUCUUUUCUUCUCCAUUGCAGCAGUCACUGUUCCCCGAAGCCAUGGUUUCCAGCUGCCUGGAUGCAGCCAACAAGGGCAUGUCCCAUUCAGAACUUAUACAGGUACAAAACCCACCUGCUUCCUUUCCUCUGCCCAUUCAGACCUGCUCCCAUUCCCAGGUCUUCAUUUAUUUCCAGAAGGAUAAAGCACUGUUCUUGGGUGGCCAUGCUCUUAUGCCUAGCGCAAUUCCACUGGGAAACACUAGGCCAGGGGUCAGCAAACUUUUUCAGCAGGUCCACUGUCCCUCAGACCUUGUGGGGGGCCGGACUAUAUUUUGGGGGGGGGAAAUGAACGAAUUCCUGUGCCCCACAAAUAACCCAGAGAUGCAUUUUAAAUAAAAGCACACAUUCUACACAUGUGAAAACACCACACAGGCCUCACAAAUAACUGAGAGAUGCAUUUUAAAUAAAAGGACACAUUCUACUCAUGUAAAAACACCAGGCAGGCCCCACAAAUAACCCAGAGAUGCAUUUUAAAGAAAAGCACACAUUCUACUCAUGUAAAAACACCAUGCAGGCCUCACAAAUAACCCAGAGGUGCAUUUUAAAGAAAAGCACACAUUCUACUCAUGUAAAAACACGCUGAUUCCCAGACCGUCCGCGAGCUGGCUUGAGAAGGCGAUUGGGCCGGAUCAGGCCCCCGGGCCUUACUUUGCCUACCCAUGCACUAGGCAGCCAGAAGAUGUUGCUGGGGUCUCCUGUAUCCCCAGGGCUGCACUCCUGCACUCCUGAGUGUCUCCCACACAGCUGCACCCUAAACUGAAGGGCUAGUUAUUGCUGCCAACGUGGACUGCCAGCAGCAUUGGCGAUACCAGUUGUCUACCCUUGCCAUCCUUUUUUUUAAACUGACUGCCUUUUUCAGAAUGUGCUGAAUUCAGGAAGCUGCCCCGAAAUCCAAGGUUUCAUGCACCUGAAAGAAGUUGGACGCAAAGUAUGGAAAAGGUUUUACUUCUCCCUACGGCGCUCUGGGCUCUAUUACUCAACCAAAGGCACAUCAAAGGUAAGUGGUGUGCAUUGUGUGGGUGGAAGGGUUGGUGUUUUAGUUCAGUCAUCCAGUCCUGUUUGCAGCCUGUCAGGGCAAUAUUGCUGUGCUCUAUUGGAAAGAACAGCAGCCGUCAAGGAGGCAGGAACGUCUGAACCACCUGGCAAUUUAAUUGAAUAAUGCAGACUCCAGCAGGUACCUUACUGCAGUCGGAAACGGCUGUGUGAAGCUUGAUGCUAAGACCAAUGGCUUAGGAUGUGUUUUGCCAAAAGCUGAAAGUGCCAUACAAACAGCAAACUACCGGAAGCAAAAUUCAUGCCCUUCCAUUUUUCUUGGUAUCUGUAGUUAAAUAAAUCUAAGUUAUGCACCACAGAAAGAGAAAUUAUUGAACCUGAGUAGAAUACUCAGUAAUGAUUUCCCCAACCCUUCACCCACCUUAGAUCAAUAAUCCUUGCAACACCUUUGUAAGGCAGGCUUGUGUUAUUUUCCCUAUGUUACACAUCGGGGGAAGGCACAGGCUGAGAGAUAGUGGCUUGUCUAUGGUCACCUACUGAAUUUAAGGCUGCGAUGAGUUCUGAAUUACUGACUUCUUUCUUAUUCACAACGAAUUUAUAUUAGUUAGUGCUGGGGUGAAGUAUUUGGCCAAGUGAUUUUUGCAAAUGUCAAAGGGUGUCUGGGGGGGUUACGAUAUCCCUUGAAGAUUGGAUUCAUCUUUGGAGGCCUGGCGAAGUUCAAGAAUUUUUGUCUUAGGCAUUAGUUGGCCGAGAGCUUUUUCUUUUUCAAAAAGCCUUCCACACCCUGGGGAAAACCUUCCCACCCAGGAAAGAAUGCCAGGGGAGUGGUGCUAUGUCUUGACCUACCAUUGUUCCUGAGGAUGCUCUUAGAUAAAAGAUAACUGCCCUCUCAGUCAAUGAUGGCUUUGUUAAAAAAAGAGAGAGAGAGAAGAAAAGCCUUCUGCUACUUUGCAUUUAAGCCAAGAAGAAAAUUCUUUAACCCCCCCAGAAAUUUGGCAAAUAUCCACUUCCCACAUUCAUGGAGGAAUAAUGGUCCUGGGAAAGAGGGGGAGUUCCUCCAGAUGUGGCUGGGCUACAGUUUCUAUUAUCCCUGACUAUGCUGGUUGGCGCUGAUGGGAGUUGGAAUCCUACAAUAUCUGGAGGGUAUCGGGUCUCCUAUCCCUGACCUAUGCUAAAUUCUGUACUUGGCCUAGCACAGUGGUUUUCAACCAGUAUGCUGUGGCACGUAGUGUGCCUUGAAUGAUGGUCAGGGGUGCUGUGGGCAACACUGGUCUCUGUCCCUCUUUCUUUCCUUCCCUCCCUUUUCUAAUACCCUCUCACGUCUCUGCUUCCCAAAGGCUUGCACAGCUAUUUAUCGCAGCAGCCCUGGCUAUAAGCUCUGCAGGCGAAUGGUGCCUCUGGGAGGCACCUCUCUUUGGGGUGGGGGCAGCUCAGAGACCAGGGGUGGCAGCUGCCCAGAGAAUUCCCAGGGAGAGGGGAGAGGAAAGGAGGCAGAGGGAACCCUCCACAAGGGAGAGUGUUUGAAAAAGGGCGAGAAGCUGCCAGCUCUGCAGGCAAAGGGUGACAUAGCUGGGCUCCUGAGCCCCACAGGAGUGCCACAGAAAGAAUGUAGUUGGUUAAGGGAGCCAUGGACUCAAAAAGGUUGUCCUAGUGUAAUCCGGAUGCUAAAUUCUUCUUUUAGGCUUAUGUGACCACACAUAUACAGAACAUACCUGGUACCUACCUCAGCAGACAACUGAGAAGUCAGAGUUGGGUAGACCCUCAUGCUGUGGAGCAUAGCAUCACACUUUACAGUGGACACUCAGGUUGCGAACAUGAUCCGUGAGGGAGGCAGGUUCGCAACCUGCAGCGCUGCGUCUGCAGAAACAUGGGUCGCAAUUCGGAGCUUCUGAGCAUGCGCAAAGUGUGGUUUAGUGCUUCUGCGCACUGAAACCCGGAAGUAACCCGUUCCGGUAAUUCCGGGUUCGGCGCAGUGCGCAACCGGAAAAUGUGCGACUUGAAACGUCUGUAACCUGAGGUAUGACUGUAUCUGUUUUUGAUCUUCCUCGUGCCAGGACCCCCGACAUCUACAGUAUUGUGUCGACAUAAACGAAUCCAAUAUCUACUACAUCACCCAAGGCAAAAAGCAGUACAGCACCCCCACAGAAUAUGGCUUUUGCAUCAAGGUAAGAAGGGUGAGAAGCACUCAUUUAAUAGGCACAAAGAGAAGUGCCUGGUGGUAAUACAAUAAUAUAGUGUGUUUAAAAUACAUCCCUGGUUAGAGCAAGCAAUGAGAUGUCUUGGACAGAAUCCAGAAUCAAACCUUACCACAGCCUUUCAAGAUUAUUAAGAUACACACACAUGCUGAUUUUUAAUCAAUACAGUCAAAUUCUGCCUACCCUGCACCCAAAGGUUUUAAUCUUGACUACCGUAUUUUUCGCUCCAUUGAACGCACCGGACCAUAGGACGCACCGGAUCAUAGGAGGGGGAGAACAGGGGGGAAAAAAUUUUCUUGUUCUCCCCCUCUAAAACAAGGUGUGUUCAAGGUACAUUCACCAGAGAUUGUGGGGCUGGCGGUGGGGGGAAGCCACACAUUUCCCCUUAAUUUUUGGAGGGGGAAAUGUGCGUCCUAUAGAACAAAAAAUACGGUAUACACCAGUGUUUCACACAAGUGUGAUAACUGAGGCACACUUAUUUAGAAAAUAACAAUAUUGGAGACACAUGUCACGCUUACACCUGACAAAGCUUACUUUCAGUGUGUGUACAUAUAUCUCUAUCUCUCUAUCUAUACCCACCAUCCCAGGAUCCCUCCCUCCUGUUUCUGCAUGAAUCACUUUUCUGGGCAUGCCUCAAAAUUGGAAAGAGGCAAAUCCAGAGCACUAACUCAUGCAGAGAUGUGGCAGGUACUGUCCCCCGAGGGCGGGUUAUCUUGCUGUGCCCCUGUGUUGGGAUUGAUUGCUUUUCCAGCCAAUCCCAGAGCAGAGAAGGGGCAGAGAGAGCCCCAAUGGAGGCUGAUUAGAAUAAAAGAAAGCCGGAACAGUAAAUCAAAAUAGCGAACUAUGCAGAAAUGCAGACUCGAUGGAUGCAUACUUUUGGAGAAUUUAAUUAUUUAAUCUCUUGAUUUGGUUGAUCCAGAUGGGGAGUGGGUUCUGUGGGUCAGGGCUCAUCCCUAGAGCAAGUGAGUUCUGACAGCUUUCAAAAAAUGGUUGGGUGGGGCAGUCUUUGACCAUCAUUUCAUGUGCACAAUUAUUGCUCUUACCUCUGCAGCCAUGCAAGGCGCGAAGUGGGGCCAAAGGCCUGAAGCUCUUCUGCAGCGAAGACGAGCAAAGUCGCACAUGCUGGAUGGCUGCCUUCCGCCUCUUUAAGGUGCAGGGAACUCUUCUAAAAUAUGACGUGCAUAGAAAAUUCCUCCUUAAUGCAAAGAGCCACUUUAAAGGAAUGGUUUUCAUCAGGAUUGCAGGAUAAGAAGGAAUAGUUAUGCUCCUUGCUCCUUAUCUGUUACAAAUACAGAGGUGCAGGUGGCACAGUGGUCUAAACCACUGAGCCUCUUCGGCUUGCUGAUCAGAAGGUCGACGGUUCAAAUACCCACGACGGGGUGAGCUCCUAUUGCUCUGUCCCAGCUCCAGUUUGAAAGCACACCAGUGCAAGUAGAUAAAUAGGUACCGCUGUGAUGGGAAGGUAAAUGGCGUUUCUGUGCACUCUGGUUUCCAUCACAGUGACCCAUUGCACCAGAAGCGGUUUACUCAUGCUAGCCACAUGACCCAGAAAGCUGUCUGUGGACAAUCGCCAGCUCCCUUACCCUGAAAGCGAGAUGAGUGCCACAACCCCAGAGUUGCCUUUGACUGGACUUAACCGUCCAGGGGCCCUUUACCAUUUUUUUACCUUGCUACAAAUACUAAUUAGCCUGCAAACUGCAAAGUUACUAUUUGCACUUUUAAAAACCCCCAAAAAACUGUACAUGUUAAAUUAAAAGAACCAUUUAAUGUCACAUCAAGUUUGACUCAGGAUUUGGAUUUGAACUUUGACAUACCGAUGUUCAGACCCAGUUCACUACAUCUGUAGUCUUCAAACUGCAUAUUCUGACAAUUUCUGAGGAUGUGUGGACUUCGCGGAGAACACGGUUUCCUGGUAUGGGGGAGGGGAACAAGUUUUUGACCAGAGUUCAUUUGCAGUUUGCAGCCACAGAGAGGUCCUAGUUGGUUUCAGUUUGCACAGAGCAACAGGGAGAUCUGAAAGAUCCCAGUUUGUGCUCCACAUGAAUUUAGUGUGCACCCUAGAAUAUGCCCCAGAUAUCCUUGCAACAUUCAGGGGUUCUAGGAGUGAUGCCUCGGACUCCUAAACAUGUUGGUGUGGAAAGAGUUCCCUGUGGUACAGUUAAACCUUGGCUCCCAAACAUCCCCAAUAACAUACGUUUUGGCUCCCGAAUGCCAAAAACCCGGAAGUAAGUGUUCUGGUUUUCGAAUGUUUUUUGGAAGCCGGAUGUCCAACGCGGCUUCCGCUUGAGUGCAGAAAGCUCCUGCAGCCUACCAGAAGCCGCACCUCGGUCGUCAAACUUUUUGGAAGCCAAAUGGGCUUCCAGAACAGAUUAAGUUUGACAACCGAGGUUUGACUGUAGAAAGUUUGAAAAUCAUGGUGCUACAUGGGGUGACCUGCAGCGAUGGUUGCCUCAUGGGAAAUGUAGUCUCUUGGUUCAAAUAUUGGCAUGAUUACAAGUAUGCUUCUUCCUUGACUUAGAGAGCAAUCCUUUACAUAUCUGCGCAAAAGUUUCACCGAGUUCAGUAAAGGUUUAUCCCUGGUAAGAGAUGCAGUCUCAAAGAGGGGGUUUUUGGGUUGUUUUUUUAAAGAAUCCCUCAAAUAUUUCCCAAUAUGUAGUGUUGCACCCAGCUCUAGCAAAUAGUAAAUGUCAAGGUCACUACCUAGAAUAUUGAUCAUGCUGGGCUGAUGCUGACAGGUUUGCCUACCUCACAGAUACCAAUAGCUAUUCUCCUUUCCGCAGUAUGGCAUACAGCUCUACAGAAACUACCAACAGUGUCAAGCACGGCAAAGAGAAACAGCGUGGAUCGGGCCUGUACCCCUGGUAAGCUCCCUGCUAUGACGGUGUUUCAGAGAUUUUCAUUAUCAGUGGAUAAAGGCAAACAUAAUGUCUGUAGAGUAAGGAUGGACACACCUCCCUGUCAAUUUCUGUUUCUGAUUUUUCCAGUCCUAAGUUUCCUUCCACAUCCGCUUGGAACUUGGUUUCAAAAGCCUGCACACAAAUUCGGACACUGCACAUUUGGACAUAUUUUUGCUUAAGAUGUGCAAUUUUGCUUUAGAUAUGUGUUUUUCCUAACAGUUUUUCCCAAUACAAAACAUUUUUGUAUGUUGCUUUCACUAAUAUGUGGGGUUUUUUUUCCUGCACUUUCCCUGAUGGAUGCAUUCUUAUACACUUGAGCAUUUGCCUUGGGCCUUUAAGGCUACAUAAGAACAUCUCCUGCCAGGAGCUAAUUUGGUGUGCCAAUAGAGGGCAACCCCAACGUUCAGCCCCAGAGGAUCCCUGUCUGCUUUGUGGUACUUUAUGAUCCUUAAAUUCAACUAUGAGCUGUCAGUAAUAACCACUCUGCACCAAGACUUGACAGCAAAAGAAGGCGCUUAAUCUGAAAUACACUCCCAUUGGAGACUCCCCAGGAUUGCAAGCUUUCCCCCUCCCCCACUGGAAAUAGAAGGAUUUAUUUAUUUUAAAUGGCAGGUUAUGUUCUUCUAUUUCAGGUAUUAUUAAUUUGCUUUUCACUGGCUCUUGUACAUGUGUUUUUGACUCUGUCAUUACCUGGCCCGGAGAUAGUCAUCAAGACUUGAUUAAGCACAUCAUUUUAGAAACUGAAUUGCAAUUUGCAUGCUGCCAUUCGGGACCUACUAUUAUUGUAGAGAUCUGUUGCUGAACCCUUUCUAAAAAACAAUCCCAUAGCGGAGCGUGUCGGAUAACACCUUGGUGGCCAUGGACUUCUCGGGUUGUACGGGCCGAGUGAUUGAGAAUCCCAAUGAGGUCCUGUCGGUCGCGUUGGAGGAGGCUCAGGCGUGGAGGGUGAGUCUGCUGUUUGGUUCCUACUUAGAGAUCACAGGGAGCCCGGCGGUCAGUUGGGGAAUGGGGAUCACUACGCUGGGCGUCUUUAUUGAAGCAGGUAUUACAUGGGGCUGUCUCUUAAACUCCACAGUUUGAGCUCCAGCCAUGUGGAGAGCCUAAACAGGGCUGCCUUCAGAUGUCUUCUAAAAGUCUGGUAGUUGUUGUUCUCUUUGACAACUGGUGGGAGGGCCUUCCACAGGCCAGGUGCCACUACCGAGAAGGCUCUCUGCCUGGUUCCCUGUAACUUGGCUUCUUGAAGUGAGGGAACCGCCAGAAGGCCCUUGGCACUGGACCUCAGUGUCUGGGCAGAACGAUGGGGGUGGAGACACUCCUUCAGGUAUACUGGACCGAGGCCCUUUAGGGCUUUAAAGGUCAGCACCAGUACUCUUUGUUCUUUGUGCUGCAGCAGAUUGCUGGCACGACCACCCGUCCAAAUUCAGAAUUUAACAUAAACAAACGUAUUGCUAUUUUUUGGGGGGGGGCACCCCUAUAUGGAACAGGGAAAUGAUAAUUAACAUGGCAAGCUUAACAUACCUGAAACAACCUCCACUGUUUUCCCCACCACGCUUCAGAAGAAGACGACGCACCGAUACAGCCUGCCGACCCCGUUCCAGAGCUCCUCGUUCAGUGCUGGUGAGUACUGAGGGACCCUGGGCGCUGCCUUGUGCUCCAACCACUUGGAGCUGCUGCUUUCAGCUCCAAGCAGCACAGUAUCACCUACAACUGACUGGCGGCAAUUCCCCAGACAGGCCAUCUCCCCAGUCCUACCUGGAAAUGCCAAGGACUGAAGCUGCACAAUUCUGCUCUAAAUCCCAGCGGGCAUUUUAGCUGAUUUCUGGUUUUUAUAACUGAUUUUUUAAUUUUUAAUUGAAUUUCUUGCACACAGCUUUAGAGAAGAUUGUAAUUAAGUGACAGACUUUUUUAAAAAAAAAAUUGCCUAAUUUAGCAUUUCCUAUAAAGGGGCCAAGCUUUGUGGGGCUCAUCUGAAGCCAGGGUACAGCUCGCAUCUGACUGUGUCACCAUCUAUAAAUUCCAUUGCAUGAAAUGUUGAACAUGUGAAGGGGCAGGCUGGAUAAGUGUGUCUCUGUGCAUGUGCAGAUUUAUAUGGUUUCAUCUGAGCCACAGCAUAGCGCCAAGACCCAAUGCUGGCUCAUAUUAAGUGAUAGGGAGGGGUACGCAAGGCUGCCGAGGAUGUAAAUGCUGCCUUGCUCUAUCUGCCAGUGCCAAAUAAUCCUGGCCAGCCCCACAUGUCUAGGAUGAAAGGAUGGGUUUUCCAGUUACCUUGAACCCCAGCAGCCCUCAUUGCGGAGACUAGGGGUUGCAAUUGCAACAAAUACAUUCUUAACACUCCAUUCAAGACUGAGUUUCUGAAAGCUCUUUCCAUUCCUCCCACAGCCAUCCACAGAACCCAGCCAUGGUUCCAUGGACACAUUUCUAGAGAAGACACCCAGCGCCUUAUCGUUCAGCAGGGACUGGUGGACGGGUAGGCUGCUUGCUACAUCUCUCCAAUGCACAACGCUUGUGCAACACAAUCCUAUAUGCAUGCAUACUCGCACAUAGUGCCAUCCCAUUCCUAACCCUUCCCAUCCCAGGGUUAUUGUACAGAACGGGAUUACAUCAAUAUUGCUAAAAGCCAUUUGACCCAGGCUAGACCUGGGAGAGGCAGGCAGUUGCAAAGACAGAAUCUUCUUUCUCAAACAACUGAAGCCCAUCCCAGCAGAGCCUCUGCCAGGCUUAGGCUGUGGGCACUUUGCCGGCUUGAAACGCAGUUGGCCAUUCUUCUUCUCAAUGCCGAUUAAGAGUGGCUUUGGUGAAAAUGCACCAAUAUGGAGUAUUUCGUAGGAAACAACAGGAUAGCUGUGGGUUGUGGCUAACCUUGUGUUCACACCACUUCCCAAACCAGCCUUGGAGAUGUGGCCUUGCACCUUAGGGGAAGAGGAAACUGUCUUUCUAACUGCCCACCUGCCUGUCCACCUGCUGCCUCUUCCAGUUCUUGAAUGAAUUGCAGUCGUACCUCGGAAGUCGAACGGAAUCUGUUCCGGAAGUCUGUUCAACUUCCAAAACGUUCAGAAACCAAGGCGCGGCUUCUGAUUGGCUGCAGGAAGCUCCUGCAGCCAAUCAGAAGCCACGGAACCCGCAAUGGACAUUCAGGUUCCAAAAAACGUUCACAAACCAAAACACUCACUUCCAGGUUUGUGGUGUUUGGGAGCCAAAACGUUCAAGUCGCAAGGCGUUUGGGAUCCAAGGUACGACUGUACGUUCAUUCAUGAUUUUGACUUCAUGUAGUAACUCUCUUUUCUUGGUUAUGGUUUAUAACGGGCUACAAUCUAUGAAGUCAGGCUUAACUGGCAAAUAGAUCACAUUAGGGGUAGAGAACCUGCAACCCUCCCAAAUGCUCUUGAACUCCCAUCUAUCCCAGCCAGAAUGGCUGAUGGUCAGCGAUGAUGUGAGUUGUAGUCCAACAACGUUUGGAGAGCCACGAGGUUUGCAUGGUUAUAAAAAUGGAGAAUGAGCCACAGGCUAAAGAGUUGGGCUUAAUUUGAAAUGAAACCAUCUCACUUCCUUCCUCCCCACCCAGCCCCACUUUAAGCACUGAGUAAUACUGACUGUGUUUACUCCCAGGUAGGUGCAAAUAUACUUGCAGCCUUAGAGACUUGAAGGUCAGCUUCCUGGAGGCAGAGCCAUUUGCCCACCACCAUAAUUACCCCUUCCUACCCUGAACCAGCCCAUGCAAUCCAGAUCAUGCGCUCAGCAAGAGAUACCUUGACAGCAAUAGCUCCAUAUGACUCAUGCAAGCCUGAAAUCAUUUUUUUUCAGGAGGUGGGGACCAGAACUGAGUGUUAGUGGUGUGAUAGUCAUGAGCAUGGAGCCUUGAAGAUGUUAGUGCCAGAGGACCGCGGGGUUGGGCCUCGGCUCACAUACUGCACUGCUCCUCCUUGUGGGCGGAGGAAGAGGCGCAAUGUGCCUUUAACAGCCUUCCUGUUGUCUUGCGGAUUGCAGGGUCUUCCUGCUGCGGGAGAGUCAGCGGAACCCCAAAGGUUUUGUCUUGUCCCUCUGCCACCUGCAGAAGGUGAAGCACUAUCUUAUCCUUCCGGUAAGUGGUCGCAUUAAAGAAUGUACAAAGCUUGCCUUUAUAACACUGCAUUUGGACAGUCAAAUCCUGACUUAGGAAAUAAACCAAGAUAUGCCCGAGCUCCUUGCACCUGCAUGCAGCCCGCUUUGCAUGAGCAGGGAAACAAACUUAGAAGCUGGGGGGGGGGGGAGUGUGCACGAGAGAGAGUGAGAAAGAGAUAGAAAUAUAUUGAGUUUGAGGGAACGUGGUUACCAGACAGGCUUCAAAAGAAUGAACAUAAUUAAGCAAACCAGCCUGGUAUAAGUUACAAGUAGGUAGCCAUGUUGGUCUGCUGUAGUCGAAACAAAAUAAAAAAUUUCCUUCCAGUAGCACCUUAGAGACCAGCUAAGUUUGUUAUUGGUAUGAGCUUUCGUGUGCAUGUAUCUGAAGAAGUGUGCAUGCACACGAAAGCUCAUACCAAUAACAAACUUUGUUGGUCUCUAAAAUGCUACUGGAAGGAAUUUUUUUAUUUUGUUCAGAUUGGUAUAAGGCAGGAAAGACAUCUUGGCAGUACCCUUUCCUGCCAGCAGUGGGAGAACUGAACAGUCACCCAGUCAGGAAUCCUUUGGAGACCUGCACCUUUUCCAGCGCUUUUUUCCCCCCAAGCCAGGCUGGACCCUAACACUAGUUGUGGAGAGCAAGGGCAGGGGGGUUGGAACAUGGCCCUGGCACAUGCACAGUUUCUACUUUGUGUGCUCCCGAAAACUGAGCCCAGACUCCACUGCAGCCUUGCUUUACUCCAGGGGUAGUCAACCUUUUUAUACCUACCGCCCACUAAUGCAUCUUUGUUGAUGGUAAAAUUUCCUUACCACCCAGCAGUGCUCAGUGGAAGCAGGAUUCAGCUUGUGCCGUAGAACCCACUAGUGGGCAGUAGGGACCAGGUUGACAACCCCUGCUUUAUUCUCUUCUGCGCCUUCCCCUCCUGCCAGCAACUCACCAUCUUUUAUGGGUUUCAGAGUGAAGAAGAUGGACACCUCUACUACACCAUGGACGACGGCCAGACUCGCUUUGCUGACUUGAUCCAGCUGGUGGAAUUCCACCAGAUCAACCGCGGCAUCUUGCCUUGCAAGCUUAAGCACUACUGCACAAGCGUCGCCUUAUGA